CAUCUUUAUCUGUGAGUGCAACUGAGAAUUUGCAUUUUCUGUUUAUCAGACAUUAUUGCACUAUGUUAUUUUUUUAGUUAUAGCUUCACCAGCAAGAUCCCUAAAUUCUGUAUAUAUACAUAUCGGUUGUGGUUGGUUACCACUUGCAAGGUAACUUUGGGAGGCUGUGUCCCUAUAUGUUACGUUGUAUUUUAUUUACAUUUUGUUUCACUGGUGUCAGGUGGAAUAAUCACAAAUAUACAGUCAGGUCUGUCUAGACCUCUGUGGGCUAAUGUUUGACACGCUAUUUAUUGUGGACUAUGUUAAUAAUGUUAAUUAAACAGCCAUAUACUUCUCAAGUGGCCGUCUUAAGGAGAGGCAUUCCCUCUCUUGGGCCCAAAUCCCAAGUGCUACUUUUCAUCCCAGUAGUUAUCUUUUCUAAGACUGCCAUUUUGUGUGUGUAUCCUGUGCAUAAGAGAGCUUUGCAGCAAUAAAACCCGGUAAACAGUCUUUAUACAUACACUGUGUGGGUCUAACAAGGUUUCAGUAAAGUUACUGGUUUCAGUAAAGUUAGUCUUGUCCUAAAUUACGUUUUGAUUCAGAGAAAUGUACAUCGGUGGGUCAUGAAGUGACUUAAAACCACAGCUUCCAACAUUGGGAGAUAUGACAUCAGUACCUGGCAGGCCUGCUUGUAGGGAGUAUGUCAGUGAUGUCAGUCAUGCCACUGAUCAUGCCAUAAGCUGUGAUUUCAGCCCAAAAAGGGGUUGUGACAGCCAGGCUGUCUGACCAUCCCAAUUGCCAGCCCCACUCAGGGUUGUUGAGGCCUUCUGACCAUGGACUAAAUCAUCUCCUGUGUACAGUUUGCAUGGCGUUUUCUGGGGAUAGCAAAAAGUGGGACCAGAGAAACCAAAUGUAGGACAGCAGGAGAGCAACCUGAAUUUGGGACUGUCCAGACGAAAGUACCCGCCUCUUACCACAUCUCCAGCCUUACCCCCUAAAAUAAAACGCUUCUCUUUGCUAAUUUCAAAUGCUGGUAGAUAUUUUACAUUUGAAUGAAUAAAAAUCUGGUAUAUUUUAGUACAUAGCAAAAGGAGAGCCAACAAGCAGACAUCACUGGUCUAGACUUUGUGGAUCACAUUUUGAGUCUCAAAGUCUUUACAAUAAUCCCAGAGUAUCAGGUGGACAGUGUGCUCCCAGAGCUCGAUUCUCUAGAGAUUUUUCCUUUGUACUUACCCGAUGAUACUAGAGCUCAUUUUUUUAAUAUAACACAAAAAAUGUCCCUGAAGAAAGAAGAAUAUCCCAUGAGGAUAUUUCACAAUGUACGUGUAGUAGUUUAUGUACUAUAUAUAACAUGGCCAAAAUUAAUAAUUGAUUAUUAAGGGUCAAAAGGGCGUCACUUUUUAAAGGUCCCUCAUUUUGUGAUUAAUAAUGGUAAUUACUACUUUUAGAUAUGAGAUAUGAGGUGUAGAUUUUUUUAUUUAAGUUAUCUACUUUAGCCUAUUUUCUUCAGGGAAUUUGUCAGCUGGGUAGACAGAUAAAUAAAGACAGGCAGACAAUAAAGACAGAUACAUACAAACACAUAUAUAAUUUUCAGGUAAAUAAAUAAUUACAUUGUUUACACUGAUGCAAUGUGUCGUUGCAUUUGUACAAAUUAUAAGAGAGCAUCACGGCUCAGGUCAAAUACGUUCAUGAUCACACAACAAUGCAAUUCCCAGAGUGACAGCAUUGUUUUUACAGUGUCUUGGUGACUGGUCUUUUAGGAAUGAAACUGCCUGUGUCUGCUGUUGGUGUGUACACAUUUGGUAUGAGUACAAACAAUACAAAGCAUACUGUGUGUCAGGCAGCCGGAACAUGUGACUCUAUGAAUAUUAAGACUUUCAAGGUUAUUCCCUGAACCACGAAUUGUGUGGAAUUGAGAAUGGAUUUUAUUUUUUCAUUUUAGCCCACUUAAUAUAGUUAAAUAUAGAUUAAUAUAACUAAAUACGUUCAAUGAUUCAGAGAUAGAUAGGUAGAUAGAUAGACAGACAGAGAAAGACAGACAAACAGCACUAUACAUUUCUCAAUCUUUUAGUUUCUUUUUCCAUCAGAAAUUUAUGCGAAAACAGGCAGAAUUUACAAUGAAUGAAUUUGUCAUUUUUUAGAACACUUUCAUAUAUUUGAUCAAAAUAAUGAUAGUAUUUAGCCAUAUUUUCAGUGAUAAAUAUAAUAUUACUUACCUGAAGUUGACCUUGCUAUUCGUGCAUAUGUGAAUAUUUGUGUUGACAAAUGGCAUAUUUAUAUUGUGCCCAGUUGUACAAAUGUGUCAAAAACUACAUAAAUUUUUUUUUUAAGUGUACACUUCUCCCACAGCUACUGUUCCAAAUUCCCCAGAGCAGAACAUUGUUUUCUUAUUGUAUAUUUCAGCCUGUGAUUGUUAUUAGAUGUACCUGGAAUUUGAGGUCAAGAGGCUUAUUAAGGCAAAACAAGUGUUAUCCUGGAACGCAGUGCUAGAUGUCAGCAGACAUUCUGUUGGUUUCCAUGGUUACAGCACAUUAUUUAGAACUUUCCUGAAAAGCAACAUCUGUUAUCACUUGAUUACUUUACCGCAAGAUACCUUAAAAGGUUAUACUACUGCGCAAAACUCAACAAUAUUGUCAUAAGCACACACUGGUGUCUGUGUGUUAAAUGUUUCUAAUUCACCAUAGUACCACGCAGUCCUUACAUUAGCAUUUCUACAAAAGCUUAACAUCCGUUGCAAUAUAUCUGUAUUGGCUUUGCGUAUUGAUUCCCAUUUAUAUUGAGCUAUGUGCUAGUAUGCUAACCAAUACUUAUUAUAUAUCAUAUUUACUGCAUCAAAUCAUUACAAGAGUAGAAUAUGCAGCAAUCAUCACAUUGUAUAUUCAUAACCGGCCUAUAUUAAUUUCUAUCGAACAAAACGAUUGGGGAAUAUAUCCUUGCCCAUACCAACAAUUGAUUGUCUCCUAUAAAUAAUGGGGUAUUUUAUUUCAGAAGGUGAUGAUCUGUUAAUUACUUAAUCAUAAAAGAGAUUUAGUUGCAAUCCAACAAGCAAAUUACAAUUACCGGUAAAUAAUUAUAUACAUUGCUGGCUACAUUUUACUUAAAGGAACACUCCACGCACUAUAUCCACUACAUUGUAUUGGUAGACAGCUACACGAGCAUUUCUUCAGAUUAUUGUCAAUUGAUUUUUAAGCAGUUUUACAAAAAAAGUGGAUUCCCCGGUGCGUUAGGCCCACAGCGCUGAUUGGGAUUCUCCCUCUAAAUAUCCAUUCAAAAUAUGUGUACGUCCCAGCUCAUUGAUAAUGUGGCAAUCCAAGUCACUGCAGCCCUUCCUCUGCAGCCAAAUCACAGCUGACACGAUAUGCAAAUCUGUGGAUGCCUUUUCUAAAAAAAAAAAUACCAGCCCCACUGAAAAGGAUACCUGUUGUUGCUAUUUUCCCAUAUGUUUAUGCUCUUAAGACUCUGUGCCAACGGUUUGACUGAAAACGGAGAGCAGACAAGACUUAUCACAGCUGGUCCUUCACCACACAUAGCAACUGCAGCGCAAGCUCUGUGGUUGCUAUGGUAACUCUAGCAGAUGCUGAUAGCGCUCGCUAGAUAGGAUAGGCAAAUAAUGGCAAAUAAUGUCAGCGUGUUGAUAUCAUGGAGGAAGCAUGCAAUAUUUGGGGAAGUGUCCCCAAUCAGGACAAAUCACAGGAGUUGGACAAAGUUAGGACAGUACAGAAGUGUUAUAUGAAGAGUAACAUCCACAAAGCUGAGGACAUGGCAGCACUGGAAUGGAGGUAAAGUUAGUAAAUCUCCGUAUUUUGCAUCGAAUACAUCAUGUAUCUCUAUGAUAUGAUGUAAUCAAUGUAUUUAGGAGGGAUUUAGCCAUUGUUAGAAUUUACGCAACAGGUUUACCUUAAGGAGCAAAAAUUCAUUCAUUUUCUAAUUUCUAUAUUAUUAUUAUUGGCAUUUAUAAAGUGCCAACAAAUUCCACAGCGCUGUACAAUUGGGAAAAAGACAAACACAAUAGGAACAGACCGAUACAACAGGUAGAGGACCUUGCCGUGAGCUUACAAUCUAAAGGGCAACAGGACGUGUAGUCAAUAAGGAUUUAUUACUAUAUUGGGAUAACCAACUCUUUUUAACAUGUCGUUCUUAAACAGUGAAACAUAUGAUCUUAAGAGCUAUACCACAUUUAGUAGAAUUAAGCUUUAUGAACUGCAGUUCAUAGAAGACCAUAUCUUAUGACUAUCACACCAUGCUGCGAAUUAGACUGAUGCUUUAUAUUAUUUAGAAAAUCUUAUAAGAACUAUUAUUUAAAUAAUGCUGCCAAAUGCUGUAAAAUCAGUUAAUUCCCCCCCCCCCCUUUUUUUUUAAUGUGAUUUGCCAUUUUUUUUAUAUUAUUUACUUAUGGUUAGAUUUGACAUUAUGUUAACAAUUUAGGAUGCAGAAACUAAAAAAUGUUUAAAUAAAAAAAAAACACAAAGAAUAUAUUUUUACACUGUAUACUAUUCCCCUCUAAUUAAAGACUAAAAACCCAGUAUCUCUUAUAAAAAAAAAAAAAGAGCUGAAUGCAAAUUUAAUCUGCAAACAUUAUACAGCAUUCUCCAAGAAGUGGCUGCUGUGGGUCACAUGAUGUAUUAUAUUGCAUUAAAUAGAACAUUACUAAGCAGACACAUUGUAGCAAUGAUAGUAGAAGAAGAUGAUAUUGUGUAUUCUUGUGAAGCCCAGGAAAUUAAUUGAAAAGGGGCUGUGUGACAUAAUGCUUCCUUGGUUGCCAUAGAUCAGUCCCUCCCCACACUCCCUGUCCUGGCCUGUGAUUGGCUGGAGAGCUGUGAAUAAGCCCAGUAUUUGCAGGGCAGGAAGGGGGAGGAGAGCAUGUGGUAUCACUGGGCUGUGAUAGCCAGGCUCUGGUUAGUCUGGUUUCACCUCUUUUGUCUGCCACUGUGUUUCCUAACUUGGAAAUCGUGUUCUCUGUGUAUCUCUAACAGACAACCUGCAAAGUGGGAUCUGACCUGAGGAAGAUCAGACAGAGCUGGGAGCACGAAACGUGAGUUUAUCUGACUUUUAUUAUUUUACAUUCUGUAACAUCUCUGCAUAAGGUACUUGGCAACCCUGUUUAGACAAAAAGGGAAAAUUGAAACCUUAAAUUUGUCUGGAUGACACGAAUCCACCCAGUCUAUGGCAAUAAUAACCAACCUCUGGCUGUCCUGUUGCUGUGAAUGUCUGUUUAAAGGCUGGCUGAGCAUUGUGAGAGUGGCAAUCCACAUCAUCUGCUGUGCCUGAGGAUGCCAGUUCUUUCAGUGGGCAGUCAGUCUGUGACAAUAUGAUAUAUAUGUUUUAAGACCUGUGGACUCCCUGCCUCAGUAUUAGAUCAUUAGUACAUGGUAUUUAGGGUUGAUGUCUGGCUGUGCAUCAUAAGAGUCAUAGUCCUCAACUGGAGUAUCAGAGGCAGCGUAUUCACGAUCUACAGUGAGACAAUGACAUGGAGGGUGUCAUGUGUGUGGGUCCAGGUGUGAAUUACACCAGAUCCAGAUCUAUGAAGGUGAUUUGUUAUGGCUGUGGUCUUAUAUCCUGGAACAUCUUGUUUUGUGAGUCUGCUUUAAGACAGGUUGUGACAGGCAAGCCAGCAAGGAUGGAGAAUGCACAUAUUACCUGAUUGAGAUUCCAGACUCCACAUGACAGGUCUCUGCUUGUGCUGAGAGCCAUCUGCUCCCCCAGCUAUCCCCCUAUUGCAUGCUGGGAGUCUCUCACCAUGACUGUAAUGUUGGCUUAGAAAGCACAAACACUUGUGUAACUCAUCAUUAAGAGAAAGCACGUAAUUUAUACUUUAAUCAUUAUCUUUUUUUCCUUCUUUUGUUCUGCUGAUUAAUUAUUUGGUUCAUUAUCCCUAUUAAUGAUCUAAAUGAUCAUAGGAACAAUGAUUCGCUAAACCAUGAAUUGUGUAGAAUUUGCUAGGGAAUAAUACAUUUUAGGCCAAAUAUCAGCUAUAUUUCCAACCCAGUUAGUAAAUGAUUUAAUUUGCAAUACCCUUGCUGAUCACCAACCAUUCACAAGUUUAAUAACCCUUUAAUAAUGAAUAAUAUGUUAUUUAAUGUCAAUACAGAUGUUCUCAUGGGUAGAUAUUAUAUAUUUAAAGGGUCUUCGUCUCGUACAAUAAUUAUAAUGAGCUGAGCUGAAUUUGGAAAGUUAAUGAAGACUCUUUAAAGUUCCAUCCAAAAAGACAAUAUGAUUCAUACAUUGAUGCCUAUAUAGAUUUCUAACCAAAUACUUCCCGGUGUUGCUGGCCUACGGUUAAACAUAUGCUUCCAGGUAACAGCCGACGAGGUAUGAUCGGAUCUAUGGGAGCUGUGGUCCAGUAACAGAUGGGCUGAUAAUACUGGACAUUCCUUCUCCAAAUACAUAAUUCCCGUUUGUUUCAUUGGAUCAUGAUACGGAUCAGUAAUGGCUAAUCUUGAUAUCCCACAUUUCCCAAAAUGCUCAGGGAGUAUUUGUUGCUGACUAAGCAUUAUGGGAAACCUAGUUCCAAAACAUCUGGAGGGCCUCGUCUAUCGAGACUUCGUAAAUUGCAAUUCUGCUGUACACACCAAACCUCUAGAACUUUCUAAAACCUUAUAAUUCUGUAUCCGCACAAAUGAAUAUUUCUAAAAACAUUGGAUACAAAACGAUUUCAGCAUUCCAAGCAAACCUAGAUAAGACUUUGGUUUUUGGAUAAAUAAGGUACUAUUUUGGAUAAAUAAGGUACUAUUUACUAUUUUCUUGUGCUUUUUCAAAGGUUUUUCUCGUUUUUCUCCUCCGUUGUUCGUAAUUCAUGUAGGAAUCUACAGAAAAUUGUAAUCCGACAAAAUAAUAAUCACACACACACAGUGCAUGCCAUGCAGUGCAUGUGUGACGUUAUGCUUCUAUAUUCCUUAAAAGAACACUGCGGGCACCAUAACAAAAUCAUUAAAAUGUAGUUGUUAUGGUGCCAGUAGGUUCCUGGCGCUUUAUUACAAUUAAAAUCAUUCACGAAUGGUUUAAGUCCAACUUCUGUGCCCCAGUGAAUGCUUGAAAAAGGUACAUACCUUUUUUGAGCCAUCAUUAUGAAUCGGUAGCUACUGAUUGGCAUAGAGCAUCCGCUGACCACUCUUAGCCAAUCAGCGGCGCCCCUGCAGGAUGUGCCACAGCCUUCAAUUCUGAAGAACUUAGGAAAGUGAAAGGAUAGGGGGCCAGUGCAAUCCAACAAGGGCUAUACCAUUUGUGAACCAUGAUGUGGCACCAUAACUACUUCAUUUCACUUGAGUUGUUAUGGUGCCUGGAGCGUGCCUUCAAUUUCUUGAGCUGUCAGAUGGCUUUUUGCUGCUGCCACCUCAUCACAUUGAUGCGGAGAAGGACAGACAAAAUGAAGAUGGUUUGGGAUCGAUCCUACAUAUUGUUUCUCUUCUUUCAUAGAAAAUGUUAAUUCAGCAGACUUGAGAGAUGAUCUAAACCAAGCUUCCCCAAACUCCGGCCCUCCAGAUGUUGCUGAACUACAACUCCCAUGAUUCUCAGCCUAUCUAUUUCAUUUGCCUGCUCUAAACCAAAACAAAAUAGAGAUUGCGGCUUGGGGCCCUCCAAUAGUAUAUAAUGAUGGUAAACGUUAUACCAACAUGUUCUGCAGUGGUUUACAGUUGGAUAAUCCAGAAAUAUAAAAAUAACUUUACAUUUCUUAUUUAUAUUAACAAGAGACCAUUUGAAUUGAAUUAAACAUGUUUCCUUUUUCCAUAUGUUUACAUCUGUAUGUUGUCUAUUCUUCACUUGCGCAGACUCAAUGCUUUGUACUGCACCGUGGUGUAUGUUGUGGCUUUGCUGCUGCGAGUGAUUAAUUAAAUUGCAGCUUCUCCAAGCAUCUCAGAUUUUACUUGGCUCAGAAAUUGGACUUUCAGUCGCCUGUGUGAACUUCUCUAGUCUGCAGAUCACUGUGGGUUAGAAAAUAGCGGAAAAUUAUGACUUUUAUUUAUUUAGUUUUAAAGGGAAAUUGUCACAAAAAUCAUCUAUAACGUGUGUUAACCUAUAAUUCGUGACACGCUCUGUUUUCUUUUAAAUUUAUGUUAAAGAUGUAUCAAAUAACAUCAUAAUCUAGUUCAGAAAAGGCAAAACAAGGACAAACAUUGUAAAUAAGAAGGAGACAUCGAAACAUUGUUUAAUUUUUCCUCUUGUCCAUACACUUUCUCUAUGCUGACUGCCAGGUGCAAAUAUUAGAGCUUACAACAAUGGCUAACAGGAAGUUAAGAUGGAGGCACCCAGUAGCAGGAUACAGAGGUGUGGAUUUCUGCAUUUUAAUUUUAUUUUUCACACCUAACGAGCAUAUUUUUACGUAUUUAUUACCUAAAUAUAGGGCUAAGUAAACAUAAUAUUAAAAUUCCAGGUAAGUGACAAGUUCUCUUUAAGUUAUUUAAAACACCUUACAUGUUUCUCAUGCCUUUGACACAGAGUGCAUUUUAAUAGAUUGAAGGAUGUAUAUUAGAGAAGACCGUGCAAUACAAAGUUUUAGUGAAGAAAUAAGCAGAAAUUUUAGAAGCUCCGUCAUGAGGCUUUAUGUCAUUAAAUUAUUGCUUGGUUACAAUGUAGCCUAUGGCCUUGUCCGACAGAGUAGGGGAUGAGAAAUAUAGUUUGCAAAUAUCUCCUGUGCAAAAAAUAGCCAUCACUUUUUUGGGAGAUACUGAAAUUUGCAUCAGAUUUUCAAAUCCAUCAUUCUUUAACAAUUAUAUAGAGUUGCUUUUAUAAUGUAUUGAUUUAUUUAUAUGUUUGGGGUUUUUUGGGGUUUUUUUUCUUUUCAUUUUGUUUAUAUUUUUUUCACUAAAGUAAGACUUCAAAGUGAAUCCAAAUUAAAUUUAAAAUUUAAGGUCAAAUAGCCGAACUGGAAACAUUUGCAAAGCCAGCUAAGCUUUUCGCUGCCCUGGCCUUAAAUUUGAAAUUCACCUUGAAUGAUCACUUUAGUACAUAGCCCUGAUUGUAUAGGUCUGGCAUGUUUAUUAAGUUGAGAAAACUCAGCAGUAGUUGUGAUUUACAGAUGACGUUAGUGGUUACCAUAAAAUAGACUACCAGAGAGAUUUUAAUGGCAGCGGUAUUGUAUACAUUGUUUUAGGACUCCAAACAGUCUGUUUCAGGAUUAGACUGUUGCAGAGCAAGAUUGUAUUAACAGAAACAUAGAAACAUAUAAUGUGACGGCAGAUAAGAACCAUUCGGCCCAUCUAGUCUGCCCAAUAUUUUGAAAUACUUUCAUUAGUCCCUGGCCUUAUCUUAUAGUUAGGAUAGCCUUAUGCCUAUCCCAUCCAUUCUUAAACUCCUUCACUGUGUUAACCUCUACCACUUCAGCUGGAAGGCUAUUCCAUGGAUCCACUAUCCUCUCAGUAAAGUAAUAAAAUAUAUUUUUUAAUCCUAGGUUUCUCCACUAUAUGGAUAGUGUCACUCUUUCUAUGUAUUAUUUUACAUGUGUAUUAUAUUAUUUUAUUUCAGUCACUAUAUGUUUCGCUUGUUGUACAUAUUAUACAAAAUCUCCUACUUUUCCCUUUCUUUUACUCUUUUAUUACUACCACUGUUAAGCUAUGGACAUUUAUCAUUAACCACGAUGUCCGUUUUCGCUUCUAUGUGCCCUAAUACGCAUGUGCGGCUAAUGGACGUUCCACACAUGCGUAGAACUACAAACAUAUUGGGCACAUGCGCUAACUACCAGAAUGCUGCACAAGGGUGGAAUACUUACCAUUUUAAGGAUGAAAUAGGACAUGCUGGGAUUUGAACCUGCAACCCAGGUGGUGGGCAGAUUUUGCUGGUGGUGCAUCGGCCCACUGAGUAAUCUCACCGGCAACAGAGCUAUUCAAUAAACUGAGAGUUGUGUACAAUACUUGAGAGGAUUGCACAUUUUUAGGCCAAUUUGCCAAGCUGUAAUGAACACAACUAUAUUCCAAUUUUGGCUAUUUUUCCUUGUUAAUGUUUCACAAUCCUAGUUUAGUAAAUAUCUCUCUAUAUUGCUUUGCAGCAUUGCAGUGGAGCAAAUAUUCGCUUUUAUCCUUAGAAAUACAUGAGAAAAGGUCUGUCCCUAGAAAAAAAUUCAAAUUUUUAAAAAUAAAUAUUUAAAAAGAAGAACAUAGAAAUUAAACAACACACGUAAGGAUAGUGAAGAUGAACCUAGGUCAAAAUAGUGGUGGGGGAGAGUAAAAAAAAUAUAUAUGAUAGUGGACUUGAUAACAAAUAUAUAGGAUAAAAGAUUGGUCCAGAGGUAAAAACUGCCCCGGAGAAAUGCCACUAGUACAGAAGGUACAGAUCUAGUGGAGGAAGCCAAUAAGGGUAAAUUAAGGUGAAGCACUAUCCUCUUGCAAAGGAUGCAAUUAAUCUAAUGUUGAUGACAACGUAGUAGAGAAGAGAGCAUAGUGAAACAUAGGCUAUAUAAUUGCAAAAGAGCAUAAGUGGUGAGUUACCACGGUGUUAUACUGUGUCUCAGCAAUAUAUAUAUACUGUGUAUAUAUAUAUAUAUAUAUAUAUAUAUAUAUAUAUAUAUAUAUACAUAUAUAAACUUGGCUUGGUCUCAAAUGUUAUGCCUGACCAGUUAAAUUUUACCCUAAAAUAAACACCAGAAGUUAAUAUCACAGCAGAAUCAAUAAAGCUGGUAAAAUCAGGAUAAUAUAAUAAGUGAAAAAAAUAAAGUAAAGUGAAAUAAACUGCCUGAUAAGCUGGCUGGUAAUACAAUGUAUCCGUAGUAAAUAGGUUCUGAGGAGGAGAAAAUCUAGCUGUGCCUUCGAGGCAAAAUCUAGCUAGCUACCUGCAUUGGUCUAAAACCCCUGUAAUGUCAGGUAAGGGUAUUCAGGCUGCCUAUCUGUAGGUCAGUAGCUAGCUAAAUGUCUGCCUCCAAAAAAGAAACAGCGGUCCAGAGACUGACUCUAAUCACCACUUUUCUGUUGGUAUAAAUGAGGUGCAGAAGAUCCCAAGUGCUGAACUUACUCUCUCCUUUAAAUCUGGUUCCCUAUUAGCUUGAGCAUUGCAAAAGCAGAAAAUUUGUGGUAUUGAAUAAGACGGUAUUCCAUUCAUUUAGGCCAAGCAUAAAAUGAUACCAGAUGCUGUGUGACUAUAUAACAGCGAAGGGCAGACAGAGGGUCUUGGCAGACAAAAGCUUAAUCUGUGCUAGAGAUUCCCAACCUUUUCCUCCAAAGCUACCGUGUAUUGCAACUAUCAUUACUCAGCCAGCAUUGUGCAACUGUCAUUACACUCAGCCAGCAUUGUGCAACUAUCAUCACACUCAGCCAGCAUUGUGUAUGAUAGAGAAACGGGUUUAUUAAGGGUUAUUAAAAUGUAGUAUUUGGGAGGCGUAUAAACAAAGAAUUAUAAACUCUAUGAUUUACUAAAGCUUUAAGAGUGUGGCAUUAAAUGCACAUCUACAUAAGCAGGGGUUAAAUUGUUUCAGAGCCGGAGAGCAUACAUGUAGUGGCUAACAAUUAAAGGAACACUGUAGCGUUAGGAAUACAAACCUGUUUCUAAUGCUAUAUUGUGCCCUGUCUCUAACUCACUGCUCUUGAAAGGGUUAAAACUCCCUUUUAACAAUUACCUCCUCCGGCGACAUCAUGGUGAUGUACGACCUAAUGCACAUGCACAGUGAGCACCCUCUGCAUUAAACCAUUGAAUCAAUUUGUAAACAUUAGACAUCCUCAUGCAAAGCAUGAGAAUGUCCAACAUUGUUUCACUGAGUCAAGCUUCAUUAGGAAGCAGGAAGCGUCUCUAGUGGCUUUCUGGUAAACAGCCCUAGAGGUGGACUUAACCACUUACCGUAAUUUUGGGUCCAAAAUAGGGACUGUCCCUCCUAAAUAGGGACACUUGGAUGAUAUGUGAUAGUAAAUAAAACAACAACUCCCAUGACGCUUUGUCUGGUCUAAUCUAGCCAAUCAAUAUUGUUGGAUUAUUUUCUUUUCAUAUUGACACAUCAGACUACGACCUUUCCAGUUAGCAGUGACAUAUGGAUCCUUAUUAUUAUUUUAUGGAUCCUUAUCCAAUUAAUUAUUCCAACUUUUAAAGAUGCCUACGUCCGCACACGUACAAUCUCUAUUAAAUAGCAAUCUCUGUGUUGCGUGACUGAGUUCAAUACAUUUUGCUGAACAUGUGGAGAGGAAGGCAUGCAUAUUGAAAUUGUAAUUGAAGGUAGUCACGAACAUUGACUAUUCAGGCAUAAGCACCACACAUGACAAGAUAGUUCUAACUAUGAAGCAAUAAAAUAAUUUUACAUUUAAAAAAACCUUCACAUGGUUGACAUUCAUUUAUUAUGUCAUAUAUACAGAGACUCCCCCUCCUCCCCCCCUUAUGGCUAAUAAUUCCAGGAAGGCAGGAACCAUAUAUAUCAAGGCAAAAACUGGUGAUGUUCUGGGACAAAAUGCUAUAUAAGGAGCAAUCGCCAUAGAAACCAAUGGAAUGUCUCUCAACAACUAGCAAUUUGCCCUAUAAUAUCAUCUGGUUUGUAUGAAUAAGUGUAAAACUGUUUGUCUUAAUUAUAAUACUACAUCUUUCUGGGUUUUUUAUUUUUUUUUAUUUUUGGGGACAAAUACAUGAACUUGAGUUCAGUUAUAUCACACUGUAACUGCUGCCAUGCAUAUUAUUCUGCCUGUUUGCAUAUAAAUUAUAUACAGCUAGUACGUUGGUGAAGACCUGAGUCCUGGUGGUGUUAGAACUUUCAACGAUGAUUUUACUCUAGAAUCUUCAGAUUCAUUGUAUAAAGACGUUUUCUGUCUUGAUCUACAAAAGUGGAAUAAUUACCCUGGAAACCAAUGGAACUUUUUUGUUGAUUGUCCCACUUUUAGGAUCUGGCCCCCUCAUAGGUCGUUUUUCAAAACCACCAUUUGUAAUGAUCACAUUUCUAUGAAAUUCCCAAUCCAAAUACUGAAUGCUAUGUACAGUUUUUUUUUAAUAUUCUGCAUAGAUUAUCCAUCUUGAAAUAUGCGUAAUAUUUAGUGUACACAACAAUUUAUUAGAAACAUAAAAUGUGAUGGCAGAUAAGAACCGUUUGGCCCAUCUAGUCUGCCUAAUUUUCUAAAUACUUUCAUUAGUCUCUGGCCUUAUCUUAUAGCUAGGAUAGCCUUAUGCCUAUCCUACGCAUGCUUAAACUCCUUCACUGUGUUAACCUCUACCACUUCAGCUGGAAGGCUAUUCCAUGCAUCCACUACCCUCUCUGUAAAGUAAUACUUCGUGACGUUAUUUUGAAACCUUUGCCCCUCUAAUGUAAGGCUUAUGUCCUCUUUUUGUGAUAGUUUUUCUUCUUUUAAAUAUAGUCUUUUUCUUUACUGUGUUUAAAUCUUUCUAUUUAUGUAUUUAAAUGUUUCUAUCAUAUCCCCCCCGUCUCGUCUUUCCUCCAAGCUAUACAUGUUAAGAUCCUUUAACCUUUCCUGGUAAGUUUUAUUCUGCAAUCCAUGAACCAGUUUAGUAGCCAAUCUCUGAACUCUCUCUAAAGUAUCAAUAUCCUUCUGGAGAUACAGUCUCCAGUACUGCGUACAAUACUCCAAGUGAGGUCUCACCAGUGUUCUGUACAAUGGCAUGAGCACUUCCCUCUUUCUACUGCUAAUACCUCUCCCAAUACAACCCUAUAUUGUUCUAUGAAAAUAUAUAGUCAUGCUUUACACAUGGAGGCUCGUUUAGAACAUGUUUGUCUGUGUGUGUACUUUAUGGAUCAAAACACAAGUUCCAUACAAAGCGGGAUCUUGGCUCAAUUUUACCAGAUAAACAAUAAGCCUUUGAUUAGUACCGUCCUGGAAUAUUGGGUGCGCUCAGGAUGCAGUGGGAGGGAGACACUGAGCGUGUGUGGUUUGUCCUUUAAAUAUUACUUAAAUAUUACUUAAUCAUAAAUGUUUCAACCAUCCCUGCUUUAUUGGAUUUUGAAUCUAGAAAACCAAAUCGGUAAGACACAGGAAAACCUAAAUGCCAAGGUUUUGGAGUUUAAAAUGAAUGCAUAACUGCUUCAACCCUGUAAGAGACAGAGGAGAUUGCUGUAAAGCUCACUUUUCGGCAUUUUAAGGUUAAUUUGAUUUAAUUCCUUUACUUCAUUCAAUAUCCAGCCAGUGGUGUGCUAGGUAGAUUUUUAUUUUUAUUUUAUUUUUUUUACAAUGGAGCCAAAAUAUUUCAGUUUUAGUUUUUUAAAGAAUUUUGUUACGGUUGUAAAAAUAUGUGUCUAUUUAUGAUCAUGGUCUAUAUUUCCUGGUAGCACUGUCGGAAUGUUAAUUGGUUUAGACAAGCAUAUCUCCCAAGUGUCUCAGUUUCAGAGGAAGAAGUCCUAAUAUGGGACUUUAUUUAUUUAUUUAUUUUUAAAUGUGUCACUUUUUUUUUUUUACAUAGUGGUUAUUUAUAACCAUGGUGCCCAUUUCCUGGUAGUUUUGUUAUUAUAAUUAUAGGUAUUUAAAUAGCACCAAUUUAUUCCGCAGUACUUUACAGUAUUUUGUAAGGGGGAAAUUUUAACAAUAAAUGAGACAAUUAAAAAAUGAUUCAGGAACAAUAGGUAGAUGAAAAGCCAGCUUAAACAAGCUUAAAAAUGUUGAUCUCUGAAUUUUAUUAUGCCACAAAUUAGAACGUGCCACAUGGACAGCUUAUUGGCAACCACGCAUCUGACAGUGACAUGCCCAUUUGCUACUUACCCCCGGAAGCCAUCUAUCUGCUGAUAUGUCCCCUUAUGUCUUCCUUUCCAUGCAAAAUACUAGACACUACGCAAUGCUUAGUCACUUUACUGAUGGCUGACACCAGCCAACAGUCAACUUCACGUUUAAAUAAGUUCCUUCUUUGACAAUCAGUUUCAGUAUAUUUUUUUAUAAAGAACGUACGCAGAAGUGUGUUAGUGAUUUUAUGUUUUAUUAAUGAUCACUCGAUUAUUCUGUAUGUUACAGCAAUUCUAAUAGCUAGGGGCCCCCUUUACACGGGUAAUGUACAGCAGGUGCCAGUCCAUUCAACUGCAGAUAUAUAUUGGAAAAAUGGGUAGAAUUGCCUAACAAACUACACCACUAACCACCAAAAUGUAGUACAUUGAAAAAUAAAUUGCAAUUUAUUUUUAUCGAUUAAUUUUUUAAAUUGUGCAAAAAGUCUGUUUGGAAUAAUUCUCCAACUGAGCAAUAGUUGCAUUUUUGUUGGUUGUUUUUUGUUGUUUUUUUUUUUUGCCUAAUAUUUUACAUUUGGCUUUUGAUUCACUACAAUUUACUGUUAAGUGAAUAAACUCCAGUGUGAAUGUUUAAAAAACAAAACUGAAACAUACCAGUUUCUUUUGUUACAAUCCACUGCUUUCAUCCCUUGCGCACAAUGAGGCUGUAAAAGAGUUCAUAUUCUCUAGGUGAGAUCUAACCUGUGAUAUGUCUAUUAAUUAGUAACACGGCCUCCCUGGCUAUUAACUGGCACACUGCUCCAAAUUCUUCAACUGUUUCCUUGUUUACAUCACUCCACAUCCCGUCCAAGUAUGAAUGUUUGCAAAAUUCCAAAGGAACCAUUUGUGUACUGAUAAAGAUAUUUGUUUCAUUAUUGUAAUGAUGUUACCAGUAGACUUGUGUGUGGAAAAAAAAAAAAACACUCACGCAAGAACUUGGGAAAAGGGGUAAAAUUCCCCAAAACUCUGUGUUGAAUUUAUGGAACUGCCAUAAUUUCCAGUAUAGAGGGUUUCGUAGACUAAUCAGAAAGGGGUCUAACUGUCAUGCCUAUCACAUUCUGCAUACAUUUUACAAUUUUAUGAAUAAAAUUCUAAAAAGUCUUUUUAAUUAUUUUUUGAAGUUUUUAUAAUAAUGUGUAAGGAAUUAGGAGAUGAAGAACCUCAAGCAAGCUUACAUACUGUAUAGUUAAUGAUUACAUGACGAUUCCUAUGCUUGCAUGCUUGCUAUGAUAUAUCUUCAGCAUCCAGAUGUUGCGGCCUAGCUCCCCUAAUGGUUGCAGACAUAAUGCUGACAACGCAGAUGUAGUCCGCAACAUCUGGUGAGCCAAAGGUUGCCUACCUCUGACGUAUCUUAUCUAAAUCGUGUCUUGCAACAGGUGGUCCUCACGUGGUUAAAAGAAUAAAUAAAUAAAUAAAGGUUUAUAGAAAAUGUCCAUCUUACCAGUUGUGGAUAUGCUCAAAUCGGCCAGCCCUGUAUAUUCGUAACUGGGUUAAUGAACUCACACCGCGAUCUCGUGACGGUCAAGAAUAAGCUUUUUCAUACCAUAUCUCACUAAUAGGAGAUAAAGAAUUUCUUUGAAGGUGAAUGAAAUUGACAAUUUGAUUCAUUUUUCAUUUUUUAUUGUUCCCUUCAAGGCUUACGUUACUACACAGCAUUUUUCUUUCCAUUUAGAAGAGCUUUAGGCCUAUUGACCUUGGUUAUUCAAAAAGCCACAUAAAAAACAAAUUACGUGGAAAAUUGUGAUUUUGCUAUGACAUGCAACAGAAACCAUUUCAGCAUAGGUUUAAUUUUCCAGGAUUCUAACUAAAUCUGUAUGAUCUGAACAGUGUUGACAUAACGUUCUCAGAACUGCACGCAUUCUAAAAGGGGCGCGUUUAUUUUUGGGGGCUCUAAGGGACAGCCACCACAGUCAUCAGUAGUUACAUUGGAUUUGUUUAUAUUUUUGUUUAUAUUUUUAUAUAUAUUUAUAUUUUUGUUUUAUUUAUAUUUGUAUAAUAAUUUGUUUUAUUUCAUUAGUACACCACUCAAUAUGCAGGUUUUCCCUUUUUUCUCCAAAAACGCAUCUAUUUAUGAUGUCAUAACAUGCCACAGUAGAAAACUAAUAAUGACCUGCAACUCUUGAGAUACCAUUACCCAUGAGGCACUGCUUCGAGGUAAGCACAAGAGUGCUGUAGAAAGUUAAAUUCACCUCAUUAUGGGCUGAGUCACUUUCUGGUUUGGUAAGAACAAACAGUAGAAGUGACAAAGUUGGGAGACUUACAUAAAAAAAUAAACUUCUAAUGUAAAUAUAUUUAUAUAUAUAUAUAUAUAUGGAGAGCAAAAAACGGAUCGCAAGAGUAUUCUGAGAACGGACAGCAGCUGAAAUAGCCUGCCCUUCGGUGGGUCCCCGCUCAGAACUCAAGCUGGUUUUAGCUCAUCUUGUGCCAUUACAGAGAGAACAUAUCUGAAGCAUAUCAGACUGGUCCCACCCAUACGGGCAGUCCAGAUCCGAAAUGCCAGCAAGUUCUCUCUGCAUGAGAGAUACAGCAACCCAAGACGAUGGUUUCAGCCUUGUUAGGCAUCAUCAGUGAGGCACAGCUGAUAUCUCUGUAGGCACCGUGAGCAAGGGGUCCACGUCUGGAUUACCCUUUAAACUAAUGGAGAGCAAAAACCGGGUCGCAAGAGUAUUCUGAGAACGGACAGCAGCUAAAAUAGCCUGCCCUUCGGUGGGUCCCCGCUCAGAACUCAAGCUGGUUUUUAACAAGAUGAGCUAAAACCAGCCUGAGUUCUGAGCGGGUACCCACCAAAGGGCAAGCUAUUUUAGCUGCUGUUCGUUCUCAGAAUACUCUUGCGACCCGUUUUUUGCUCUCUCUCUCUCUCUCUCUAUAUAUAUGUGUAUAUAUAUAUAUAUAUAUAUAUUUGCAUAUAUUUUUAAUCGAUAUACGUACUUUAAAAAUGAUUGCUUAACUCUGCACUUGAGUGUCCCUUUUAUUAACUUUAUGACCUCCUGAUUGGAUUUGAUGACGUUGAGUCAAUCUAAUAGAGCUAGGCCAAAUUAGUCUUUACACAGAGGAUUUUCAAGAAACAUUAUAGCAUUAGGAAUACAAAAUGCACAAAAUUAUUGUCCCCCCCUCCAAGUAAGGGGGUUAAAUAACCUUUUAAACUCUUAUCUAAUUUGCCUCGAUGCUGGAUCAGGUGCCUCCUUUUCUGACGUCAGAGAUCCGAGGGAACUUAAUGCACAUGCGCAGCGAUUCAAUGCUUUCCUAUGGGGAAUGUCAACACAUCUUUAGACGUCAUCAUGCAAAGCAUGAGGACGUCCAGCUUUUUGUUUCACUGAGUCAAACUCCGUGAAACUCCAGGAAGCGACUUUAGUGGCUGUCUGAAACUGCAAUGUCUUACAAUGCAGGGUUAUGGGGAACAGGGACACUGCAGCCAGACCAGUUCAAUGAAAUGAAAUGGUCUGAGUACUCGUAGUGUUCCUUUAAAAAGUCACUUUAUCUGGAAAACAAUUGUAUUGCUCUGAGUGUUAUGCAAGAUUGCCAUGAUAAACACACCUAAGUGGAAGGCAAAAGGUACACGGGUAUCAACGUCUCUAUUUCGAUUGAUUGGGCAUAACUGCUUCUAGCAGAAGUGCGUUUAGAAUGUUUUUACAGAUAAUAAAGUAUUUUAGUAGCUGUUACAGCAAUGAGAGGAUUCUUGUAAUUUUGUGACAAUGAUAAUUUGUUCUUUGCGCUAUGACGUUAACGUUUUAUAGUUGUGCUUAUGCAACAAAACUAAAGAAAAAAUCUUGUAAAUGGACAAAUCAAUACAAAGGUGACUUGAAGGCUGGCAGGUGGAUGAUCAUACAUCCUACUUAUCCAAUUCUAGCAGGGCUGGUAAGUAGUUGUGAAUUGCAAGCCUGCAUGUUGUGUGGCUAAGCACACUUCCUUCAAACCAUACCGAUUCAUGCUUCGCAAUGGGCACUGUGAUAGGCUGAAAACAGUCAGCUGACACUCUCAGCCGAUCACAGCUGCCCAUUGCUGAUCAGUUGAAUGCUUUCUGAGGACUCUCAUCUAGCAUUAAAAAUGUUUUAACACUGAAUGGAAGAACGAUGCCAGGGGACUCCAGACACUAUAACCACUUCAAUGAGAUGAAACGGUUACAGUGCCUAAAGUGUCCCUGUAACAACGCCAGCCAAAAUGAUCAAAAAUGCAUUGGCUGCUUUAGCUGAGUAAAUACAGACUAUAAAUGUGGGUUAAAUUCCUCUCUUGCUAAAUUUCGUUUAACUCCUAGUCUCUAUGGUCCUGGUCCUCUAAUUUUAUGGCUCUGUCCUGGUGCCAUAGAAUGUUGAGGUCAUGUUGUGAUCAUCGGUAAGCUCUGGCAAUAUUUUCUUGACAUAUUUACUGGUGGUUGAAGGCUCUGCCUCCAGUGAUCACGUAUUCUCAAAUUGUAGUAAAGAUUCACUUCAGUGUACAACCUAUUAUUAUUAUUUUAUUAUUUAUAUAGCGCCAUCACAUUCCGUAGCGCUGUACAAUGACUAACAGACAUGUAAUUGUAAUUAGACAAUUGGACGUACAGGAACAGAGAGGUAUAGGGCCCUGCUCAAUGAGCUUACAUGCUAGAGGGAGUGGGCUAUAGUGACACAAAGGGUAAAAGUAGGAAUAUGAAGUAGGUUGUUAGAAAAGUAUUAAUUGAGGGCUUAGUACGUUAUUUUUGACAGUUGCAGGAGAGGAGUCAUGGGGGAUAAAAACCUGCUAACAGUUUAAUUGAUAUACUUUCUUGAAGAAGUGAGUUUUCAAUGAUGAGUUCCACAGAAGAGGUGCAGCCCUGGAGAAAUCUUGGAGGCGAGCAUUAGAGCAGGGCGUACGAACAGAGGAUCUAGGUCUUUGGCAGAGCGUAGGGGCCUUGACGGGACAUACUUGUGUAUUAGGGAGGAUAGGUAGGUUGGAGCAACAUUAUGUAAGGACUUGUAAGCAAGCACCAGAAUUUUAGCAUAUAUACUAAGCAUAAAUGCUGCAUGUAACUGCAUGUGUACAGUAACUAAGGUCUGAACAUUUAUUUUUUAAGUUACACUGUGUGCUCCAUAAAGAGGAAGUGUGGUAAGACAGGGAUUUAUCCCCGGGACGUCACAGCAGAAGAGAUAUAUGUUGAUUUAUUGUCCAUUCAGAUUGCAUUGCUGGAUGAGUAACAUUUGAGUGAUAUGCUAACAAAGAAAUAGAGGUGUGGGACAAGGAUAACCUGUUGUUGACUUGUCCUUUUUGCAAGUCUAGUUUCCUAGUAAAGGACACCUCGUCAAUCAGUACACAAAAAAACAACGCCCAGGGAACUUUCUUUAUCAUGAUGGGUGUCAGCCGUUACCUGACAAGCUUUUAGUCAUUCUUAUGCAGGAUUCACUGGACACAGGUGGACAUUGUAAGCGAAAGACAAAGUUCCAACUCAUAAGGCUGUUCUCAAGAUCUAUAGGAGUAGUGAUGUUCCCUUGGGCACUUUAUGGGUUAAUUCCCAGGAGGACCCUCUGUAGUGAUAUUGGUGUAGUUUGCAAUCAAACAACAACAACAAAAAAAGAGAAAAUAAUUAAUUCCUGGAAAUAAAUUAUAUAAAAUAACUUCUUUAUUUUAUUUUUUUAAAUUUAAAAUACUAGUUUAAAAAUGACUUAAAUCAGCCAAACUAUAAUAAAAAUUCCAAUCGCAGCAGUGAUGACGUUUUGUGAAAUCUCAGCUCCCUAACAAGCUGUUUUGGGGGAUAUGGAAAACAUCAUGUGCAUGUUUCAAUGGAUGUGUCAAGUACACAAAGCCUACAUUAUAACAAUCCACUGAGUUUACUGUAAACAGGGUUAGCUGCCUCGGUAUGUAACAAAAUAAAUCUAAUCAGUAAGUGUUUGGGGGUAAAAAAGGUAUAAAAAAAUGAACCGCUAACAGGUAUGUACAGAUAUUAAAGAUGAACUCUCUAUAGCAACCCAGGUAAUACAGGGAGUCUGUAUUUAAAAUAAAUACAAUUUAAAAAAAUAGAAUUAAAAUAAUUAGUCUGCUCUAACGUGUCUUCCUGGACAUCUAUCACUAAAGUUAUAAAGGAAGCAAUGCUUGUUACAUACAGAGGCAGGUAAGACUGUUUACAGUAUAAUCAAUGAAUUUGUUACAAUGUAGACCUUGUGUUCUUGACAAAUCUAUUGAAAAUUGUGCAUGGUGUUUGAAAAUCGUGAUCAGCUUGCUGCAUUUUAUAAGAUUAUGGGUGCAUGUGAUUGCAUUAUAGAGAACUUUUUUUGUUCAUAUUUGAUAUCAGUUUAGCUUGCAAAAUAUACAGAUACACAUAGGAGCCUUAAUGAGCAUAUAUGUCAUCAAAGCAUCCUUUUAAAUCGAAAUUCUAAGCACCUGCAGCAUAAUGUAGUGGUUAUGGUGCAAGGUGUAUAUUGGUACCUCCACUUCGUUUUGUGCCAAACUGUUUUCAAUUGGUUGUAGAAAAUCUAUGCCUCUCCUGGCCCCUCUGUUUCGCCAAUGUAUAAGUUUAAUUUCUAAAUUUUCUGUUCUAAGUUAUCCAACCAACCAUGGAUGGCAAACCGGGACUGUGAGACCCCCCUCUCAGGGUAAUAUCAGAGAUUCUAUGGUUGGCAUACCAAGAGCAAGGAGAUUACCAUUUUUGGUAAACUGCUCAAAAACUGAUAAAAAUCAAGGGAUUGGCACCCAAAGACUUCUUACCCUAUAGCGUCACCAUAUGAGGCCGUGAUUAUGGUGCUUAGACUGUCCCAUUGAGUAAAGCUAAAUACUUUUUACUAAACUAUUUAAAUUGCUCUAGCAAGAAGCCCUUUGAGAGAUUAUUCUCCCCCACCGCUCGCUUCAUUUCCAUGUUAAACAAAUAUUUCUGGUGCUGCUUACUGUGCGGAACUAAUGGGGCGUUCUACGUUUCUUUUUCCAGGUAAACAGACGAUUUCUAGUAAAGGGACAAGGCUCCUUUUGUGCAUCAUUUAAGUCUCAGAAUUCGCAAUACAAAGUUUUUCUCUUUAAGUUUUUUUUAAAUAUUUUUUUUGAACAGAUGUUUUGUCUUCUAACCAUUCUAACCUUGUUUAUCUGCAGGUUUUCCAAACUCCCUUGCUAAAGCCACUAAGAGCAAUGGUUUUCCAAGCCGUGGGCAAGCUGUUGGGCUACAGGAAACAGUAAGUGAUCACCUUCAAUUAUGGAGGGGACUUGGCAAGUAUUUGUGUCUUUAGGAGCCCAAAUGAUUUUCUUUUUAGAAGCCAAGCAUGAGGCACAUGAUUCAGUUCUUUAACUCUGAAUUAUGGAGAGCUGACAAUGGAAUUAAAGUUUUUCAUAGAUUCGAGAUCUUGUACACAAUACAUGAUCUUGUACACUCAAAGGGAAUCAAAACUUCCUGCUGAACAUUGCUCAACAAUUCAAAUGUACAAACACAGACACUUUCAUUUUAGUGGUGUAAGUGGGGUUCAGCUGUACUGAGUAAUUCUAUGUUAUUUGCUGAUAAUUUAUGCAACUAAAAAGUAAUUUAGAACAAGAACAGUGCAUCUAAUUUACACAGACUGAUUUCUAAACCCAUUUAUUGUAGUUUAAAGACACAUUACUGUGAGUAUUAUUACUGUGGAGCUCUGUUAUCCACUCUCACAAACCAAUAUUAUGGAUCUCCUAGAAAAGGACAUUAGGAUAGAAUAGGGACUGUCCCUGCUAAUCAUGGACCCUUGGCAGGUAUGACAUACGGUUAUCUGGAGCCAAUAACGAGAUUGAAGUUUUUUACCAGAGGAAACUGGGCAGCGUGCCUGUACAUUCCUGUACAUUCCUUGUUAAUAUGUUGCAUCUCCAGAUCUGCAGGAUACAGAUUGACUAUGAAGUUCCUCUCUGUACAGCAGUUUUCAGAGAGAUGGGUGGGGGCAAGGGGGUAAUAUGUUACAUUGUUAUUUUAAAGAUUGCACAGUGCUGGAAAAUAAUUUGGUAGGUGACAAUCCUCGGAGCCGUUAGUUUUUUUCCCCCACCCAGGAUUUAUGUUAUCUCUCAAGGGUUGGAUUUGGGAUUAUCUGGGUUUUAACAGACACAAGGCCUGAGUUAGCAGUCAAUGCUUCCAUAUCAUUAGAAGCUAAUAAACCUAGUGCAAUCAGAACUACAACAAAGCAAAGAAUGCUCAACGUUCCAAGGUGAACUGUUUGUAGCAGAGUAACAUGCAUGGUGGGUAAUAUUUAAAUGAGUGAUAGUGAUAGUAGCUUGAGAAGAUUUUGUUUAUCAAGUGAUCAACGUGUGCAGACCAGUCAUCUUUCCCUGAAUAAAGGAGAAUGAUAUGAUGGAAUGUCUGAUUUUGGGAAUUAGUCAACUGGAUGAAGGAUAACAAGGCCCCACAUUAGCUGCAGGACAGGGGUAGACAACCUCCGGCAUGUUGUGGACUACAUCUCCUAUGAUGCUCCGCCAUCAUUAUAGCUGUAAGUGCAUUGUUGGAUAUGUAGUCCAUAACAUAUGGAGUGUUGAAGCAUGCGUACCUCUCAGCCUCAGCGAGCCCAAGUAGAGGUUAAAGUUGGCCCACACUGGCUCUGGAUGCUAUCGGUGGGAUCUGAGGAUGGAGAGGCAGAAGGAUUUGCACUAACUCUCAGAAGGCCCCUCUAAUUCUUGUUGGAGCAUUGCUGCUUGAUGAUGAGUCAGCCAUGCUCUGAGACGUCAGGUCCGUAUGGUCAACACCAUCAAUGCAUGGGCAGUUGGCACAGAAAAGAGUGGCACUAGCAGGAGCCUGAGAUGGAGGUAUUUGAGACUAGGUCUGCCUUGUACAUGGUGUUAAACACAGGUGGUUCUACAAAUUGAAUGCAGGGGGACUGAACUGCUAAUAGUUGUGACUGGUCAUCUCAAUCCCUACCCCAGAGGGUUUUUUUGGGAUGGUUAGUUGUACAGAACAGACCAGCUUCUCCAUUACUCUGUCUAUUUUUUUUUUGCAACUCCUAUCACUAUUACUUUCUGUAAAGUGUUGGGCAAACCUUUGGCACAUAAACUGUUGAAACGGCAAUCUGAGCAUUAUUAAAGCAGCUAAGAUGAGAUAAGAGCAUAGCAUAAUUACAGCACCAAGUACCUGGGUGUGAACUGGUGUAUGUAGGUCAAACUCAGCAUAUUCUUUAAAUUGAUAACCCUAAACAGCUCUGCAAAUAUUUAAUUCAUAAGACAAUAUCUGGAUCACAAGGUUAUUCUAGGUUUGAAUCUUAUAUGUUCUAGGUGUUGAUCCAACAGAAAGUAGAGAAAGUGUUUGUGACCAAAGCAGGUUUUGCUUACUGAAGCAGUUUUGGUGUAUAGAUCACGCCCCUGCAGUCUCACUGCUCAAUUCACACCUCCCUGCAUGUGACUCACACAGCCUUCCUAAGCACUUCCUGUAAAGAGAGAUCUAAUGUUUAAAUUUCCUUUAUUGCACAAUAUGUUUAAUCUAGAAUCUCCUGCUCUGUUAAAAGCCUCCUAGAUUCUGCAGGAGGUUACAACGAAGGAGAUAAAAACUUUUAAAGUAAGUUACAUCUCAUUCAUAGUGAAACCAUUGUUUCCAUCCAGGCUGUAUCAGUCACGGCAAGGGGAGGUGUGGCUACAGCUGCAUAAACAGAAACAAAAGUGAUGUAACUCCUAAAUGGCAGAGAAUUGAGCAGCGAGACUGCAGGGCCAUGAUCUAUACACCAGAACCGCUUCAUUAAGCUAAAGUUGUUUGGAUGCCUAUAGUGUCCCUUUAAUUUCAGUAGACUUUGAUUUUACAUUUAUUUUGUAUUUUCAGACAUGGGCUGUUAUUUAACCAUCUAUCUAUAGAUCUUUAGGAGUGACAAUCUCAACUCAUUACCCAAGUCCUAUAAUUCUUUUCUACCCUGCUUUGUGCUCUUCCAGAGCUUGGGAUGUUAGGUGGGAAUAAAAUACACAAGGUGAAACACUAAUAAUUUAAAAAUGAUACGGCGAUCACCUGGAGUUAAUUGUGAGGUGAAAAAAAGGCACUGUCUAAAUGUAUAUAUCAUAUGCAAUAAAACCAGGGCUCGAGUCCUGCAGGAACGCAUGGGAACGGCGUUCCUGCACUUUUUCCAAAGCAGGAACGCCGUUCCCGUUACCUGUCCUGCAGGACCGGCCCUGGUCCCUGCACUGAGGGUCCAGCACACGCUGUGUUCCCUCUCCAGCUAUAACUCUCGCGAGACCCGCGGCUGUUACCAUGGCAACGCUCCGCACAGGCGAGUCUCGCGAGAGUUAGAGCUGGAGAGGGAACACUGCGUGUGAUGGCCCCUCUGUGCAGCGGCUGGCUCCCUCCAGCAUACCACCGGACCACCAGGCGAUCUCCCCCCUCCCUGACAAGGUAAGAAGCAGGGAGGGGGGAUAAAAUAAAAUAAAUACAUACACAUAAAGUAAGAAAAAAAUGCUCCCCAUCAUCCAGCACCACACACAUCAUCCAGCACUCACACACCAUCAUCCAGCACUCACACACCCAUCAUCCAGCACACACACCCAUCAUCCAGCACACACACACACCCAUCAUCCAGCACUCACACACCCAUCAUCCAGCACUCACUCACACAUCAUCCAGCACACACACACACAUCAUCCAGCACUCACUCACACACCCAUCAUCCAGCACGCACACACACACCCAUCAUCCAGCACACACACACAUCAUCCAGCACACACACACCCAUCAUCCAGCACACACACACCCAUCAUCCAGCACUCACACACUCAUCAUCCAGCACACACACACCCAUCAUGCAGCACACACACACCCAUCAUCCAGCACUCACUCACACACCCAUCAUCCAGCACUCACUCACACACCCAUCAUCCAGCACUCACACACCAAUCAUCCAGCACUCACUCACACACCAAUCAUCCAGCACUCACACACACACCAAUCAUCCAGCACUCACACACACACACACACAAUCAUCCAGCACUCACUCACACACACAAUCAUCCAGCACUCACUCACACACACAUCAUCCAGCACUCACACACACAUCAUCCAACACACACACACAUCAUCCAACACACACACACAUAAUCCAACACACACACACAUCAUCCAACACACACACACACAUAAUCCAACACACACACAUCAUCAACACACACACACACACACAUCAUCCAGCACUCACACCCUUACGCCACGUCGUCCAGCACUCCCUGCCUUACAUGCACGUCGUCCAGCACUCACCUGCCUUGCGCCACGUCGUCCAGCACUCCUACGCCGCCCACGUCGUCCAGCACUCACGCCUUACGUCGUCAGCACUCACUUGCUGCGCCGUCGUCCAGCACUCACCUGCGCCGCGUCGUCAGCACUCCGCAUACGCCACGUCGUCCAGCACUCACGCCGCCCGAUGGAGUCAGCACUCCGCGCCGCACGCACGUCGUCCAGCACUCACGCACGCACGUCGUCCAGCACUCACGCACGCACGUCGUCCAGCACUCACGCACGCACGUCGUCCAGCACUCGCACGCACGUCGUCCAGCACUCGCACGCACGUCGUCCAGCACUCGCACACUCUUCACUCACUACAAACACACUGCAUUCACUAUACACCCUCUGCAUUCACUAUACACCCUCUGCAUUCACUAUAAACAUUCUGCACGCACUACAUUCACUAUACACACUCUGCAUUCACUACAAACACACUACAUACACUGCAUUCAUUGUACACACUGCACUCACUACAAACACACUAAAUUCAUUAUACACAGUGCACUCACUACAAACACACUAAAUUCAUUAUACACACUCUGCACUCACUACAAACACACUAAAUUCACUAUACACACUCUGCACUCACUACAAACACACUAAAUUCACUAUACACACUCUGCACUCACUACAUUCACUAUACACACUCUGCACUCACUACAAAAACACUACAUUUAUUAUACACAGUGCACUCACUACAAAUACACUGCAUUCAUUAUACACACUCUGCACUCACUACAAAUUCACUACAAUUAUUAUUCAUACUCUGCAUUCACUACAAACACACUACAUUCAUUAUACACACCCUGCACUGCACUAUAUGCAUAGGAGUGUAAUUAAUUUUUUUUUUUAAGGGGGGGGAGGGGGCGGGAUCUUGGGUGAGUUCCCACAUUUUUCCCCCAGGACUUGACCCUGAAUAAAACAUUAAAUCAGAUACAAUAAUUCAUUAUUCAGAGUUCAUGAUAAUUGAUAGUGGAUUGUGAAUGUGAACUCUGGCCUUCCAGAUGUUGCUGAACUACAACUCCCAUGAUUCUCAGCCUAUCUAUUUCAUUCAUAGAAUCAUGGGAGUUGUAAUUCAGCAACAUCUGGAGAGCCGGAGUUUGGGGAAGCCUGAGAUAAUGCAUCCAGAAAAUCAAUACAGACCACAAAACAAGCCUUUUGUUCGGUGAUAGCAGCUUCCCCACUUUCAAAGAGAAUGUAGCUGAAAGCCGAUUCCACUUCAUCUGUAAAAAAAAAAAAAAUUCUCGUUACAAAUUAGAUUGUAUAUAUCUUAACCCACUCUCCUAACUGACGCCAACCUCCAUCUGACAGGGCUCUGCUGACAGCUAGAAGGUACUACCACACACACCUUGACACCUUGACCAUUCACGCAAACAACGUGAGUCACUCACACACAGCUAGAAGCCUUCACACUACGAGACCAAAACUAGGCUGUCACUUAUACUGAUAUCCCCCCCCCCCCCCCAUGCCAGUUCACAGGAGACCUUACACCAAUGCUCACAUACACGACUGUCAGGCAGGGGGAGAUACCCUAAGUGGUUAACACUCACAAGGACCAUAACAUAGACUGCACACCCACACAAAAAGAGCUGUCCACCACAACUGCUUAACCUAUUAUAAAUAUAAAAAAUGUGUAUUGUCCACAGAUGCUACCUAUGUUUUAAUUGUUGAUAUUUAAGCAGACACAAGCUGUUGUGGCAUUGUUUGCUACCAUGUUUACUAUAAGCACAAAAAAUAAAGAAUUUAAAAAAAAAUUAAAAAUUCUAGUAAUAGAUGAUAAUUGUGAGAUUACUAUAGGUUUUUUCAAGUCUCUACACGACUACAAGAAUAAUGGCCAAGUUGACGAGAGAUAAUGGCUACAUCUAUCGAUAUAAUGGAUGGAUCUUGAUCUUGACCCAUCGGUAUUCACCAAUCAUGAGAAUACAAGUCAACCUCUAAAAGCUGAUUAUCCUUUAUAUUAUUUUUAUUUUGCAAUUGUCAUAAUGACUGACUCUCCCACUUUUAAUUUCAGCAGUAAGUCCAUUAAGAAAGACAGUCCUGCUAAAAAGACAUCAGGAGAAAGUGAGAAGCUGUAUUUGGAACCUCGUUACACGGCUGCUCGUAUAGUGGACGCGGAUAUCCUAAUGCUGGUGGCGUUGCCUAAAGGACUUAACGUAGACGAAUGGUUGGCAAGCAAUGGUAUGUUCUAAUCUAGAACAUAAUUUAAAUUGGUGAUUUUAUUCUGCUUAAUGUCAUUACUGCUUUCUGUAGUCAUAUACUGACCAUUAAACUACAACUCCCAAAACCACUUGCUUUACUCCCCUUAAUGUACAGCUUUGUAAAAACGACAUUAGCUAAUACUCACAUUUUAGUCACUUGACCAUUAAAGGGACUCUCAGUUUUCCUGGCACUGCAGGAUCCCCCGCCCCACAUCCCAUGUCGCUAAAGGGGUUAAAACCCCUUUAGCUACUUACCUAAAUCAAGCACCGAUGUCCCUCUGCGCUGGGUCAGGUUCCGCCCACACUCCUCCCCUGCCGACGUCAGCCGGCGGUGGAGACCUAAUGCGCAUGCACGGCAAUGGCAGCAUGCGCGCGCAUUAGACCUCCCCAUAGGAAAGCAUAAUUAUCAGCCAGUAAGCUGAUAUCUAGCCAUUUAAGCUAUUUUAUUAAGUAAAUAGAGUAACCAUGUGCUGUAUACAAUUGAAAACUUUAGCAACCAUAUUCUAACACCCAAAAUAUUAAUAACUCUGUACAUGAAAUAUUGGUCAAAAACAUUAAAUGGCAAUAAUAAACUGCAUGCACAGAAAAUUAAAGUGGCAAUUACAGUUCAAUGCAAUUUGUUGCUUAGUGAAUAAGCCCCAGUAUAUAUUUGUUCUCGUGAUGGUAAAGGUUACGUGUCAGUUUUCUUUCCAGAAAUAGAGCAAUCUAUAUUGCUGUUCUUAAACAGAAUGGCAGCCUUUAUUUUUCCGGAGUGUUAAUGGUACAGUGAUUACAGGAGUGUAGGCCUGAGUGGAACGUGUGAAAGAGCUAAUGCAUAUUUCAUUAGAUUUUGUAAAAGCCACAAUGUUUGCUGGGUAAAUACCAUAGUCCUGUCCUCCGUAAACAGAACCAGCAGGUUUGUCUGCCAUUGUACAUUUACAUUUGGGUUUGUAAAGUCUCCUGGGUGGGAAACAUUUGCAAAUGAGAAAAAAAAACACAUUCUCAAGACAAGGAGCAGAAUCACUUAUGGGUUUUAAAGAGUCUAUUUUUUCAUUUUUUUCUUAUUUUAUUUUAUAAGGCCUCUAAAAUCACAUGAAUGAUCCCGUAAAAGGAAAUGAGUGUGUUCUGGAGACAUCAUAGUAAACAGAUCAAAUAUUGAGUGUUUUAUAAAUAUCUACAGAAACCAAAAAUGGCAUAAUUUUCCACUAACAAAUUCUUCACUGUUCUGGAAGUCCGUGCCAGCCAAUAGGAACAGGGCUACCAUUCAAACUGUUUUUUCACCCUUUCUCCUGAUUGGCCGGCACGGACUUCCAGGUGGCCAGCGUGACCCUGCGGCUUUGAGUCAUAGUUCCAUGGGGCUCGCGUCUCUCUCCGGUGGAUAUCUCCACGUGGAUAGUACCAGAGAGAGCGCUUUUUGGCGGUUAGCCCGAUUGAACAUUGUUACCCUUGCCUACAGUGACGGUGCUCCGUCAUCAAGCUACACUGUAUUUUAGUCUAAACAGUUUGACUCCUAUAUAUCCCACAAUGUGUUCUCACGGUCUAGUGCAGUGAUUUCUGGGAGCUGUAGUCAUUUUAAGAGCUUCUGAGUAGCAUUGGCUAACAUGAAAGGAUUUGUUAGGGCCGGGGCUGCCAUCAAAUCUCUUGGGGCCUCUUGCAAAGUCAUUGGCAAUACCUUCUAGCAGACAGUAAUAUGUGCACAUGCACCCAUUUACACAGAUACAUACUUAGACACAAACCUCUGCAUUCCCAGUCAUGACUUGUCAAAGAUGUGUACACACACAGAUACACAGUGCACACAUACGCAGAAACCAACAUCGCCACACCAUAUAAACCACAGGUGAGCCUCUUAACGGAGUACAGAUUGUCACCCCCUGACGGCUUCCCUGAUAUACUGAUAUAGGAAAUAAAAACAAGCCAAAAAAUGGAUGUACUUUUGUAUGACUUUAUGUUUUUUGGUUGGUCCUCCUUUGCAUUGUGACCGAAUGUAUGGACUGCACCGAGUGACCUUUCAUGAGGAUGUCCUGUGCAUCUAGGAGUUUCUUACAUAAUCCUCUGCAUGGGGUCCUGGAACGCUGGUCAGUGUUUCUGCUACUUUACGAGGGUUAGCUCAGUUACUGCUAGACUCCCUAGGCUUAUGAUCUAGAUUUUAAGAAGUGUAGAAGCCAGGCAGUAAUGGUACCUGGUGUCUUGUAACUUUAUAUCUCUCGCUCGGUUAAGCAGAGCCAUCUGAAUAGGUGUUUUUCUUUCCACUUCCAUGGAUGCUGUGCAUCUAUCUCUUAAUAAAUAAAAUGCCUUUUGUUCUAGGGGAGUUGUCACCUUUGUGUUAGUGCCAGUUCCUCUUAUACCACCUGUAAGUUAUAUUGAAGCAUUUUCUGGGAUAAGACGUGCAGAAUAGGAAGGCAGAAAGCACGCAGGACAAGGUUAUUCUCUAAAUUGAUCGCCAGGAAUUGAAAAUGAAUUUCACAUUUAAGGCCAAAGUAGUCAAACUCGAAGUAUGGCUGACUUGGAGAAAUUGUUUUUCAGUGCAGCUAUUUCUGCCUUAAAUUUUAAAUUCACAUUGAAUUCCUGACAUUUCUCACUUUAGUGAAUAAAUGUUGAAUGUUGAUUUAUAUUCACUCAAAGGAGAACAGUAUCACCAGGUUCUCAAACCCUCCUGCUCCUUCGUGUUUGGUGAUCAUAUCCCCUGCGUACAUACGUAAGGCUUGCAAACGAGACAUGAAAAAAGCAUGACAGAGCGCUAUAAUAGGGUUAGUUUUGUCAGAAAAGGUGACAGCCUUUGAAAGAUAAAUCGUGCAUGCGUGCCUGUGUGUAUUGUCUGAUGGUUGACAAUUUGUAGUUUCCAGGAACACGUAAUUGGAUCAUAUCAUAAUAUUGACAUUUCAUGAGCUUGUCCUGAGACGUGCCUUGGACAGAUGAUGUAUUUACACAUAAUGUAAGCAUAUCGGUCCCGGAGAUCGUGUUGUGUUCUCCGUGGAGACAUGUUGGUGUUUGAUAAUAAAACAUUGUGACCAGGAGAUUGAUUGCGAGUCUCAUUGUUCUGUGUUAUCCUGUUAUGGUCACGUGAUCAGUCUUCCACUGGAAUAAUUUUUAAUAUACUGACAUAUAGAGUGGAGUGGCCAUCACAAUCAUUUCUGCAGGGUUAGCUAGUGAUCAACAGGUUGGGAAUAAUUAAUCGACAGUGCAAACUUUCAUUCACACAGUAGGACAAACUCUGUUGUAGACCAUAGCUUAGAUUGGCACUGGUACAAGGGUCUAGUGCUAUACUGACACUGUGGUCUUGCCCUUAAAAUCUUGUGGGCCCAUUAAGAGCACAUUCAUCAUUAUAUUAUUGUUUGUGCAGAUGUUUUUUAUCCUUAAUAUCUUUCGACCAACACAGGCACACUGAUGCAUCUCAAAUCAAAUUAAAACAACAAUAAGGUGCGCUGUGAUGGCAUGGACUUCAGGGCUGUGAUAGGGUUGCACAUUGCCCUUUAAAAUGCGUGUCUUAAUAUGUAUCAUCAUUAAAUGGGAUUCUUAUUUGGCAAUUUAAUUAAAACUCUAAAGUCAGUUUGGCAAGAAGUGUGUGUAUCUUAUUAUUGUUAUUAUUAGCAUUUAUAGUAAGGAUUGAAAUAUGUGUACAAUUUAUUCUGGUGAGGUUAAAAAGAAAAGCUAAUAGAUAUAUGCAUUUGUUGCGUCCAGCCAUAAAUAAAUCGAUUUGUUUGACAUCAAAUGUAUUCGUUUGAAACAAAGCCUUUUGAUUAUUUUGAAGCCAAUACAUUUGUUCAGACAGAUACUUGAAAAUUCUACAUCUGAAUCAUGUAGCUAAUAAAAAAACAUUUCCUCCAUUAAAAAUGAAUUGAGAGGUAUCUGUUUCAGACUAAAAGAUUGAUUUAUGGACGAAUGCACAUGUCUAAAAACAAAGCAGGUAUGCCUUGAAAAAGCAACUGUCAUUAACUUGUGCCUUGGUCCAAAAAAAGUUAUGAAUCACUGGUCCAUCUUAUGCCAGGUCAAAGGUCAGUUUCUGAACCAAAUCAUGUGCAUGUAUGAGCGUUUACAUGUCCAUCCACUGACUGUGUAUUCCUUGUCUUCUUAGAUGAUUUAAUCAGAUCUCCUUAUUACUGUGCUAUGGUUAUUUGUGGUAUAAUGAACACUUUGUCAUUCUAAACAUUAUUUACUAUGCACAUUCCAAAGUACUGAUUAUCAUUACAAUUUAGUCACCAGUUACAUCAUGUUGUUGUGAAAUGUUUAUCCUCUUGCUUUUUCCCAGCCGAUCCUUCGAUGCCAAAUUUAAAUUGGACAUGUUCCAGAAAGGAAUGAAAAACCUAGAUUAAUCAUUACUGAAUAAAAUUGUUGGUCUGUUUUGUUACAUAUUUAUAAACCUUUCUAGAGGAUGUUAAUUAUUAAGAUCUAGAUUUACCGCCCAUGAACAUCUUAAAGGCAACCUCACAUUGUCUGAGUUUUGCCAAACAAAGGCUUAAAUGGAUACAUGAUCUCUGCUGUGGAUGAAGCUCAAAUCACAAUAGGUUCACAUUAAAGGGUUACUCCAAGCAAAAAACGGUUUUUAAAAAAAACUUGUUUUGGUUAGAGUAACCCUUUCUAAGGUGGUUUGCUCCCCCCUAUCAGCUCCCCCAAAAAACCUAAAACGCACAUUCAUUCAACACGUGAGUCCAAGUUCUCCCUGAAGCCCAAUCCUCAUAGACUGACAUCACUCCCCUUUGCUUGACUCCAGGCACCAUGACCACUGCAAAUCACUAAAGUGUUUAUGGUUCUUGGAGUAAACCUUUAACCCUUUAAGUUAAUGUGCCAGGACCCUUCACUUGUAUUACUUAAAGGGGAUCCAUCACUUCCCAGGAUAUGUAAUAUUCUGUUUACUUAUCCCAUAUAUGUAACAACAGGUCUAAAAAAAAUAAAAUUAAAUUGAGAAAGGCACCAUUCUGUCAAUCACCCCUUCCUACCACUGGAUACGGUUAGUGAUAGAGGAGAGAAUGAAACAUUGUUUUUGUUCUUUGCAAUAUGUGCCCUGCUUAUGGCUAGACUGAAUUUAAUUGUGAUAUGAUUUACUAAAGCCUUAAUAUACAUUUUAGAAGAAGACAAAGCAUCUCGCGAGAAUAACGUUAACACAAGUUAAAGGUGAUCAACAAUGUUUUAUUCAAUGGUGCAUUUUCCAGAUAAGUAACCGUUCCCGUUUAGGGUUUAAAGCGGAUGUUUGUAGGACAAUACAAGGACAGAUUAACACAGUUCCAUUUCCCAACAUUCAUUGCUCAGUCCUGUUUUUUAACCGUUGUAAAGUUCCACUGCUGUUAUUGAUUAAUAGCAACAGGUUCGCUAAAUUUACCCUUCUUAACCUGUAGUUCUGUGUCAGUGACACUUGACCAAAAUCGCAUGAUUUGCACCUUUCAGCAUCAGGUGAUGUCACCAUGGCAACUCGCCGUAACAGCAUGCAUCCCAGGUGCAAUGCUGGGGUAAUUUGUAACGCUUUAAACACAAAUGAGAGAGAUUAUUUACAUGUAAAAACAUACUGUUUGGACAGCCAAACACGACACACAUGACAAACACAAACAAUUCAAAGACAAAUGUUACUGCAUUUGGUUACUGAUCCUUUGUGAGAGAUUAAAAAGGAUUACGUUAAAGAUACAUUUGUAAAUUAUUUUGAAUGUUGCUUAAAUCAAAAUUCUAUUUACUGGGCUAUAAAUGAAGGUGUCAUAAAGCUAAUAAGUCUAAUGUAGCAGUUUUAUAGAGGAUUUUUUUAGGAGUAUUUGUGUUUUCAUGUAUGGUUUUAGAAAAUCCGGCUUCUCUAAAUAAAUGACAAACACUUUUUGUUGUUUUUAUUAUCUCAGACUAAAAAUUGAUCGUUGCGUUGAUCAAUUAUUAUUACUAUUAUUAUUAUUAUUAUUUUAUUAUAUAUAUAUAUAUAUAUAUAUAUAUAGCGCCAGCAAAUCCCAUAGCGCUGUACAAUGGGUCAAUGAUGACAAACCGGAUGCAAUAAUUAAAAACAAUGUAUCAUUUCCCAGGGCGAUGUUUUAUACACUCGAUGUGCACUGCAUAUAAAAAUUGAAUUUUUUUCAUUGUGAUCAUAUAUGGCAAAUGAUAUGAAGUUUACAAAUUAAUGGCACAGUAUUUGAUUGGUAUUAAUGACAGCAUUUAGUAUCUGUUUUUAUUGAAUUAAUUGAAUUAAUUUUAGAUGUGAUUCAUUUGUGCAGUAAACUGCCAUCCGUUGACAGUGAUGCUUUCACAGUGAUCGCUCUGGUUAGUCUCACUGUAGUGAUUUUUGACCCUGUGCAUCUUAGUCUAGAGGCACAGACGUCAAUUUAUUUCAGUGGGAGGCCAAACGAGGAGAGGGCCCUGGUGCAAAAUAUUUGGGCCCUCCUAUCGCAAGGGUGGCCAAAAGGUACUUGAAUGUAAGCAUGUUUUUGUAUGGAGUGAAUGUAGGGGUGUGUUUGUGUGUAGUGUUGGUUUUUGCAUAUAGAGGUGUAUUCAUACACAAUGUUGGUGUUUUCAUACAAGGCGUGUUUAUAUGUAGUAUUGAUGUUUGAAUGCUGAGAUGUAUGCACAUGUACACAUACAGUGACACAUACUGAUACAAAUGCAGAUAAACAGACACAUACACUAACACACAUGCAGACACAGAGACCGACAAUGGCAUACAUACCGGUGAAAAUCUGAACCCACUCUCCUGUUUCCUACCUUUUGGGUGCGGGAGGGUGGCUUCUGCUGGCUGAAGUUUCAUGGAGUUAGGAGCUGGCUAUCCUAGUCUGUGCCCAUUCCUCUCUGCCUUGUCCUCCCAUGCGUUUUUAGUGUGUGAUAGCUGGAAGAAAGUGACAUGCCCCCACUUCCUCCCAGGGCAGCCAUUAUUAAAGGGUCUGCAGCAUACAACUGGGCCCCUAAAGACACAUGCCUAUCGGGCGGCCACGCCGUUUGUAGUUCCACCGCUGGUUUAUUUGGCACACAGGGAUAUAGCACCUUCAUAUUUAAAGUGUCACUGGUGCAGAAAUGUCCUGCUAAUUUUAACUCCUAAUCUGUGUAUAUAUUUGCGUAGUGAAAUUUACUAACCAUUCACAAUCAGGGUUAUUCCCUGAGAAUUGUUGGGACUUCAAAGUGAAUUUCAAACUUAAGGCCAAAAUAGCUGAAAUGUGAAAAUUCUCCAAGUCAGCUAUGCUUCCAGUUCGACUACUCUGGCCUUGAGUUUGAAUAUCACUUAGAAUUUCUGACAAUUAUCUCUUUAGUCAAACAAAACACAACCGCUAUAUGUAAUCAAUAAAUAAAUACUAAUGUAAAAUGCAAAAAUGGUAAUAAGUGUUUGAUAACACUCGAUACACUCCCUGACCUCUUUAUGUCAGAAGCCAAAUCAAACAGACAUUGUUAUUUCAAAGAAUUAUGUGACUUCAAAGAAGUGACGACUAAUACGAUCACUCAGCUUUGACUUGAGGUGGAAUUGCUGCUUGCCAGCCUUUUUAGUGCUGGGGGGGGGAUUGACCUGUCAAACUGUGCAUUAUUUCCCCAUAGCUUGCCUGCCCCUCUAAGACAAAUCCUCUGCUAGAAGCACAGCCAAAGUGUGUGUGUAGAAGGGGGGGCUGUACUGGUUUGGGGGCAUUGGGGGGUGAGGGGGGAAGGAGGAGGGAUCUUAUAUGGCAUUUGACCUCCAGCAAUAAUUUUAAUAGUCUUACAUAAUGCUAUAUUGUCAUGGAGUAGCCCUUACUGUCACCACGAAUCAGAUCAGUAAAGCUCUAUAUUUCAUCUAUUUAAAUUUUUUUUAUACUAUAAUGCACUGCGGGGCCCUGCUAUUGUGUUAGUUUAAAUGUAAACUUGCUUCAUGGCAAAGUGCUCUCAUUUCGCAGCAGAACUGGAGAAUGCUUAUUUAAGGCUGAGGUUUGCAGACUGAACUUUCCACAUCUCGUUCAAAUCAUCGACCGCAAAUUUACCCUUCCCCACUCAGUCUUUUCAGAACACAUUCCCUUUUAUUUAUAUAUCUUUUUUAUUCUCUUCCUUCAGACUGGAAGAGACUCUGUUUUCGUUACCACUUGUGUGUCAUAGGAGUUGGACAUAAUAUAGAAUUAUGGCUCAUUUGAGACCUCCGUGUUGGCGUGGCUCUGUUAUAAAUGGAUGGCGCCAGUAUUAAAUAUCCCGUUUAACCCUGCAAUGAAGGAAUCGGGUUGCAGAUGAUUUCAUAUUUCAUAAUAAAGCUGGGUUGUAAAAGCUGGGAUAAGCAUUUUGUCUGAUUUGCAAUGCUCAGCGUGCUAGACUGGAUACUGCAAAGAUUUUAUUUUUAUUUUACAGGUCACAAUAAAUGUACUUGUUUACAGUGUGACCCCCUACUUGGGUAUAGUAGAGGGAGGAUGGGAUCGUGUGUGUGUGUGUAUAUAUCUUAACAUACACUGCACUGUAGCAAUGAUUUAAAUGCAAUAAACUAUACAUUCUCACAGUGCUCUUCGCUCAAGAGAGAACUGUCUCAAAUUCAAAGUGAAUGUCAAAUCUAAGGCCAAAAUAAUUGAACUAGAAAAAUUCUCAGUAGCGUCCAGUACGGCUACUCUGGCCUUAAAUUAGAAUUUCACUAUGCAAUUUUAGUGAAACAUCCUGUUAGUGUGCAUUGUGUGUUUUAUACUCUGCUAAAUGGGGAGUCUUGCCAUUGUUUGGUAGGAUCACCUGAUCAUGACGUUUAAAGGGGACAUUAACAAAUAUAAAAAAUAAAGCCUGGACUGUAUUGUUUACAAGCCUUGAAGUAUGUAAUUUUUAUGUGUUACCCUCAUUGGAAUUGAUAAAUGACCGCACUAAUUUCAUGGCUAGAUACAUAAACAAUCAGUCAUGUACUAAGGGCAAUCCAUCACAGUGGUCAUGUCAUGCAAAGGUCAACAUAAAUGUAUUAUUGACCAAGUGCCCAGAUAAGCCACGCAUAUUGUGCAAGGUAAACAACUUUCAUAUUGUGGUUCCCAGGGCUCCGUCUUGCCCUAGGGCCCAGAUAUCCACCCCUCGGUCAUUCUACCAGUGUCUGUAAGUCUUUCUGUUCGCAGUUCAUAUGGGAAAAUGCUGUAAAACAUCAAUAACUGCGCUAAAAAAACAUGGCCGCUGAGUUUUUCAAAUACACAGACCACAUCAUUACUUUAUUAGUAAGUACCAAAAUAGUACAUAGAUAAAUAUUCUAUAAUUCAUAGAUUAACUGUAGCAGCCAUCACGUGUUUUUUAAAAAAUUCUGUGCCGAAAAAUUAUUUAAUCCAGCCGAGUUUAGCAGCUAAUAAAAUUAUAGUAAAAUAAAAUCUGAAUUGCAAAAAUUUUUGGCAAAAAUAGCCAAGUUGCAACUAUAUGUGAUGUGUGCAAAAACAAUAUUUUUACUUUUUGCACUACAGUUAAUUUGUGAAAUAGGUUAUUUUUAAUACAGGGCAGUGGUUAAGUAGGGUGUUUAUUCACUAAACUCUGAAUUGUUGAGAAUUGCAACAGUUUUGGCAAAAAAUAGCAAAGUUGUGACUGUACCUGAAUUGGGGUAUUUCUUUUCCAAAUUAGCUAUUUUAGCCUAUGUUUUGCCAUUUUGAUUUCUAUUCAGUACAAUUGUUUUUUGUUUGUUUUUUGUUUCAUAAUGGUGUUUUUUAAUUUAUUAUUUUACAGCCUCUGCCUUCUAUAACCAUGUCAGCUUGUUGUACGGAUCUAUCUCUGAAUUCUGCACCAUCACCUCUUGUCCCUCCAUGAAAGCUUGGGCAACGUAAGUACUCGUGACUAAAUACAGCAUUGUAACGGUGGUGGAGUCCCUGGUCGAAAACUGCCAAUAUAGCUCCCAGUCCUGGAAAAGAGGCCUCUUGGGUUUAUUCCAAGGAGAUCUUGAGAUGCAAGGAGUGUACCUUUUAAUAUUUAGCAGCCUUUCCAGAUCUAGUGGUGACAAUUUAGGCCCAAGUUCUGAUAUCACUAUUGAUCUCUCCGAUGUCCCAUUUUUCAGCGAUGAAAACCCAGUUGUACCUUAUCCAAAGUUUGCUCAUAUCAGAAUGUCUUGUGCGGUUUUCGUUCUCUCUGGACAUGUGCACAUGCAGUACACCGCACUAGGAGGAAGCUGAUGGGUAAAAUAAUUGUGAGAACUGUCACCCAUACUGGGCUGACAUCACACUGCCUCCUGUGCCUCGGGGUUACUCAUCAUUUCAACAUAGUGAAGUAUGAUAUGGUAAACAAGUUUUGCAGAACAACAUUACAAUGACUUCUAAUGUAACUUUUACAGUAAACAGGUUCUGCAGAAUAACAUUACGAUGAGUUCUUAUGUAACUUUUAUAAGUGACAUUUAUUGUGCCUGUGAGAAUAGUGCUGUUGACUGAGCAGUGACGUGUGUGUGCUAAUGUCUAAGAGCUGCUGUAUACAUUGUGUGUGUAGGGGCUGUAGAGUGUGUUUGUGUAUGUCAGUAGGGACUAAAGUGUGUUUAUAGGGGCUGUAGAGUGUUGUGUUGGUAUCUAGAAGUUGCAUUGUGUGUGUAUUAGGAGUUAUAGUGUGUGUGUGUGUAUGUGGGAGGGAGUAUAGUGUGUGUGUGUGUGUGUGUGUGUGUAUGGUUUCUAGUCACUGGCAAGUGAAAAUUUAGCUCUGCGCUUACAAAUUCACCACUGGUCAGUGUGCCAUAGACCCUCUAGGACUAGGUUUGUGUUGCCUAGUAACUUUUAUGGCCUGGCUAGUAGCAUAGGAUUUGAAUUUUUCUGCUAUGGUGUGAUGUGUGUGUAUAUAGGGGUGGGAUUGAAGCCUUAUUAUUAAAUUAUUAUUAUUGUGUAAUUUGUAAAAAAAAAAUUCUGUCCUCCCUGUUGUUGCCAUGCAGGGAGAGGGGAUAUGUUGAUCCCUGGUGCAGACCCACGGCAGCACUCAAUGGCCAAAUCUCAGGAGACUACUACUCAUGUCUCCGGCAGCCAUUGGUGAGACCCCUCCCACUGACAUUAGACUGGGUCAGACUGCAUAGAGGGGCUCUGCACCUGUCGGCACACUGGACACCCUCUGGGCUCAAUCCCAGGAUCAUGAACGCCUCUGGCUGUCAUAUUUCUUAUGAAGUUUGGUUCACUAUCCAACACACCUUACUCUGCUGCCAUGUAUCUCUAAAGACUGGGUAGCAACAUGGCUGUAUCAGUAUUAUGGGAGCCCAGGUUCUACAAAAGAUGAGAAUCUACCUCUUGGCCACCCCUAGUAGUCAUGCACAGGUAGAAAGGUGAUGACAGGUGAGGUAUAGGCUGUAACCUUGACAAUUUUGGCAAAUAUGCAGAUGGGACAGGAAUGACAGGUGAGGUAUAGGCUGUAACCUUGACAAUUUUGGCAAAUAUGCAGAUGGGACAGGAAUGGUUGGUCCAGCAGUGUGAAUCAUGGCAAUUGAAAACCAAUUUGAUCACGCUCCCAUUCACUCUGGUCACAGACUGCUAAACAGCUAGCCAUGACUUUUAUAGAAAAAGGGAGACAAAGUGGAGCAUAAAACACUCCUAAACCAGCUGUGAGCACUGGGUGCUUAAUCGUAAUUGAGAAGUACAGGGGUGUUGUAAGCAAUCAAGGUGCCACAGUGGGCUUGGGGAUAUAUUAUUCUCCUGUGCGUCUCCCUCUUCUCAUUUUGGGUAGCCAUACAUGUAAGAAAUUUUGGAUAUCUGUCCAUGGUACCACUUAUUAUUGGUACUUUUAAUAGCACAGGUCACAAACAAAACUUCCAGCAGAUUCCAGUACGUGACAGAUCUAGUGACCCAAUCUUACCAGGACAGGAGCCAAAAAGUCAGGACAGUUCUGGUAAAAGCAAGACAGAUGGCAUGUAUGUGUGAGUGGACUUAUUGCAACAUAGGGCUGCUGUUUUGUAUCUUCAGUCAAGAUGGCCCCUUUUAACGAUGAAUUCUUUCUCCGCUCAGCAUGCAGUCUGCUAAAAAGAAAUUGAGAUCAUAAAAUGCUUGUGCUAAAUUUAACUGGAUUCUCGGCAGAUUAUUGCAGCCUUUUAUUGGGCCAACAUAAACAUUAUACAGACUUGUUACUGACCAUUAACCUUUCGCUUAUUUAACCCUGUGUGCGCCGUGCUGGUGAACGAAUUAGUGACACAGGAAUAUAAAAUACAAAUAAAGAAGCAGUUUUGUCUGACUACAAAGUAUGUCUAACAGAUACAAAACAGACACUAAUCUUCCUGAAUGAAAACUCUCUCUCCCUAAAAAAGAAAACAAAAAAAUAUAUUAUUAAUGCUUAAAUAGUUACUUAGUUAAUUUGAGUAACUUACCUUAAUUGGUAAACCAUUUAAACUGCCCAUGUGUGUUUCACAAUGUUUUAAUGUUUUAAAAGUUUAAAUGGUUUAUCGGCUUUUAAAAUUAACCUUUAUUAAAAAGUCCCCUUUAAGUUCUUACAUAUCUUUAACAAUAAAUAAAAAAAUAUGUUUUUAUUAUAAACAUAAAUUAUAUAUUUAAUGAUGUUGGUGAUGCUGUCAUCACACCAGGUUUGUCUGGGGGCACUGCUGGCUUUUGUGUCAGAUUUUUAAUUCUUUAAUUUUGGGGGUGCAUUUGCCCUACUGCACCCCACUGUUUUGAAGUGUGAUUUCAACAUUAUUCAGGUGGAUGCAGCGAGAUCAGUCUUUUGGGUCAAGGAGAGACCCGUUUCUUUUUUUUUGGUCAAAUUGCUCAGCCGAUAAAAUUGGAUAAGGGCACCUAAAUAUAACUGAAGUAGUGAGUUGCAGUUUCACAGACUCAAACUCCGUGAAACUGCAGGAAGCACCUCCAGUGGCUGUCUGGUGAACAGUCUUAACUUUGCAGUUUCUCUAAAACAUUUUACAUUGCAGGUUUUUUUUAAGGGGGUAGGGGGGGAAUUCUAUGAAGUGGUCUGGGUGCCUAUAGUGUCUUUUUAAGUAUUAUAAGGUAGCUUUGUGUAGGUGACAGGUCACUGCUAAGAAGCAUUGUUUGUAACAAAAUGCCAGGUAUUUAUGCAAAAAAAAGGCAUCUUUAUCUACUGAACUAUUGUCACAAAUGAUCUGUCAGUUUAAGACAUCACCAAGCCAUCUAACCUUCAACGUGGCUAUUGAUGUCAAAGGACAAGCCCUGCAAUGGAAUUUUGUUUGUGUUUUUGAAAACACACUGGCUUUAUACAGGAAAAAACAGACAGAAGAUAUUUCUGUUCACUGCAAAUUGUCAGCCGUUUAUAAAAUAAAAAAUAAAAAAGUAUAAGUAUAAAGGGACUGUCUAAGCACCCAACAGGUCACAUUGUAUUGGUUGUUUUGAAAGGAGACGUUGGGUACAGCCCUAUUUUUUCUUUUGCCCCUUCCUGCUUACAUAUUGGCAGAAGGGGGGUGGGGGGAUUAUUCCCAGCCAAUAAUGAGUGUCAGUGUAUCGAAAUUAGCACAGAAUUGAAAUUAGCCUGUGUAGAACAAAAGUUCCUGGGAUGCCUGAUGAUGUGCCAUUGACGCUGCCGAAAGAGCUGUGCAGCAUUUCACAGCAAAAUGCUGAGAUACAGGCUCCAGGCACCAUAACCACUUCAAAACACUAAAGUGGUCAUGGUUCCUGGAGUAACACUUUAACCCUUUAAGGACACAUGACAUGUGUGACAUGUCAUGAUUCCCUUUUAUUCCAGAAGUUUGGUCCAUAAGGGGUUAAAGAUAAAAAUAUGUUUUAGUAUGUUAUAACUAUAACUAUAAGUGUAGCAAUUUUCAUACACCAUCAUGCAAGCAGCGCACAUACCACCACCAGUUUAAUAUGUGUAACUUCCUAUUUGUGUUACUUGCAUUUACAUAUCUUGUUUACUUUAUUUUAAAACUGUGCAAAUAUUUUCAACAUGUAUACCUUCUCUCGCAUUGAAUCUAUCUGAAUUUGCCUGUAUCUGUUGUUGCACUACAAAAGUAAAAAUGAACAUAAAAAAUAUCAAUACAGCAAUUUUAUUAUUUUAUUUUUACACAAUAAUAUGUUGUUGUUGUUGCUGUGUUUUUUUUUGUUUGUUUGUUUUUUUUAAUCUGUCUUUGUUCCAUCCAUGUUUGAUUCAAUAUCCAAGACUUUUAAAACAACAAAAUGACUUCACUUUGCACAGUGGUCAGUGGGGACAAAACCAAGGCAAACAAGUGAUUUCAUCAGCUGCCCAAUAUUUUAGCUAUUACAUGUCUGAAAUAUUUGGGAAGUGGAAUUUAAGUGCUCAGAUCCAUUUGUCAGGAAGUGCUUUAAUAAACUGUGAUCACUUGGCUUAAAAAAAAAAAAAAAAGUUUUGAAUAGUUGUGUUCUUAGCUGUGCUUCAGAGAUUUUGCAGAACAUCCAUCAUUUCACCCAAGAGGCAAGAGUUUGGGAACUCCAAAGUUACACUUGUUCGUAAACCAUGCAAAAGCUUCUUGUUGAUAGCAAGUUGCCAUGUAACGUCUAUAUACAGAAACAGCUGACUGUUCUGGGGAUUAUAAUUAGCUCUGCGUGCACCUGCUGCCUGCAUUGCGAGGGAUAGCAAAGAGCUAUCUACACGCACCCUUCGCUGAAUUUAGCAUUUAAUCAUGAGCUGAUCCAAUGAGUCUAUUUCAAUGCGUUGUAUUAAUUUCUGCUUUCAUAUUUGAGCGCAGGGUGGGCUGCCACUAACAGGACUGUCGAUGAUGACAAGUGAUCAUUGUGAGUGGAUUACCAAUCCAGUUUCUCUGAGAUCUGACCAAACUUUGGUUCAUUUGAGUCAAAAAUCCAGAAGAUCUUAUUAUAUAUAAUACAAAGGUUUUUGUUUUGUUUUUUAUUUUUUUACAAUCAGUUGGUGUUAUUUUGUGAACUGCGAACUGUGGAAAAUUGACAAGGGGAAUAUAAAUGGAAAAUUUCUCCAAAACAGCUCAUUUGGCCUAAAAAACAGCUAUGGUCUCAGCUAGGUGUCAGGUUACUAGUUGCCCAUGACCCUCUCCAUAUUGAUGUCGAACGUCCUCCUUAUGCCAGUAUUGAUUCCACCGUCAGUAUUGAUUCAGGUCGCUGUUCCCUUGUGUGCCACGGUACUAAUUUGUUCCAACGUCAUUCUAAGGGGACAGAUGUAAUUUAAGCUAAAAUUUACACAUGGAAGAAAACACGUUUAGAUAUUUGCACUCUUUAAAGGCCCAGUACCUAUUUUUGAAUAGCACCCUAACAGUAUUUAUUUUAUUCUCUACCUACACUUUGAGCCACACACUAGCUAGCUCCUGGAUUAUUUGCACUUCGUCUCCUAGUGUUUUCUCCCAUUUUCGUCAUAUAGGUUUUCGUGAAUCCCUAUUGUUCCAGUUUGCAGCUACCUAGUAUUAGUCGUACUCCCUCUCUGCUGUGUAUUACACUAGGUAUACCAGACUCACUUACUAAAAUUUACAGAUGCAUGCAGCGAUAAGCUGAGAGCUCUGGGAGCGGGUCAAAAAAAGAUGCAUUUAUUUUAGGAAUGAAGUGAUAUGCUCAUUUACAAACACACUGCCAUUUUGUUCUCUGUGUAGCAGCCACCAUACUUCGCAGUGAAGCAUGGGGUUUGUCCUGACAGACAUAGAUAAUACAAUAGCUGUGGGAUCCAGGUGAUUUCAGUUUUCCUAUACUGUGUACAGCUAAGCUUGCAAUAGUUUGGAAGAUCCAGAGAGAGAGAUUUCAUACUGGUUUGUGCUGUCUGAACAGAAAUGGGCAGCUGUGAUUGGCUGAGUGCAUUUGCUGACCACUGUCAGCCUAUCAAAGCACAGUUUGCUGGUAUGGUUGGAAGGAAGUGUAUAAUCCUUGCCUUAGCCACGCCUCCAGUGGGGGCCGGGCUAUGGAAAGCUCCAAAAUGGUUUAACACUGAAUAAAGGGACAGUGAACUCCAGGCACUAUAACCAAUUCAAUGAGAUACAAUAAUUAUAGUGCCUACAGUGUCCAUUUAAAGGAUGUGUUCAUCAAACACUGACUGAAAAUCAAGUUGCAGAAUUGGAAAAUAUAUCCAACUCGACAAUAGUCACAGUUUGGCCGAUUUUAGCUUGAAUUUUGCACUUGGUUUGCAGUUCACUACAAAUUGCUGUUUACGGAGUAAACUUAAUAAAUGUUAAAAAAAAUUGCCAGAUUACACAGCUGAUAACCCAUUAGAAUCUGAAAUACCUGCAUACUCUGUAUGUUUGCUAUGGGGGACUUGGCAGCAGGACAGAAGGGAUACUUGUAUGAGUGUUGAAACUAGUGGAUAAAAAGUGAGCCCCCAGAUUUCUAGCUAUGAUAUGAUAGAUAUGAUUUAGCCAUAUCCGACUUCUCUUGUAAUGCGGGUGAUUCUUAUCCUUUAUUUUGAAGAACGUGUAGAGAUAUUCAUUGACCUUGCUGAAAGGCUAUUUUUCAGGAAUGUAUACAGGCACAAGCAAGAAUGAACUUGACUAUAAAAAUCUCUGAUAUCAGCCAGACAUGACAUUGAAGGGCUUGUUGCUGAGUAAACAGUGACACCCGUAACAAAAAUGUAGAAUAUUCAGUUUGCCUUCACAAUAGUUCUACGCCCUCCUAAUAGCCAUAUUUGUUUUCUUCUUAAUUUCCGUAUUGUUUGAGGACAUCUUUUUUGAGACCAUCUCUCAGUACAAUCCCAGUUUUAGCUAAUGUCUACCUGUGAUGUCUAAGCUUUGACAAUGUAUGUUACAUAAACAGAAAAUUCAGAUUGUUGCGCACUUGUUAAUUAGAUUAGAGAAUGUUGGACACUAUAUGGGUUAGCGAUAAAGGGCAGUUCUGAAGCAUUGUUUUUAAUGUGCAGCAGUCAAUAUGGAAACCAAUGGAAUUUUGCUGCUAAUUCCACAUACUCACUGUAAGUGCAUUUCUACGCAUAUUUUGCAUGUGGCAGUCUCAUUUAUUUCAUGUGCCUACCAGAGAGGGGAACGCCCUAAACGUUUGUGCUAAAAUAGCUAGCGCAUCUUGGACCUAACAGGGGCGCUGGACCUACUAUUUGAGGCUAGUGUGCGAACGCAGAUAUCACCACAGGCAAUGUUUUAAUAAGUGUCUCUAGGUUGUGCAAUGCCCAGUGAUAAACAAAUGAAUGUUGUAAAAUAAAACAAAAAAUGCACUUAGGCAACAAACUCUGAAAUCUAGAAUAUAUUGUGGCGCAACCUACAUUAUAAAAAGACAGAUGGAAGUCCGGCAUGCAGAUGUACGUACAUACAUGGAUAAAUGGAUGGAAAAGGGCUUUCUUUUAAUAAAUAUAGUUCUGGAUACAAAUGUGUGUACGCAGUGAAAAUAAGAUGGAAACAACCAAAUUUGAGUCAAGUAAAAAUAAUGUUGGAUACUUCCCUCAUCUGGGUUGACUUAUUUUUUAUUAUUUUAGUAUUGGUCAGAUUUGAAAUAAGUGAGUGAUAACCAAUAAAAAAUGAUUAUAACCUGGUUCUUAAACUUUUUUUUUUUUUUUAGACAAAUCCAGUGGACAGAUGAGAAGGGCCGGAAGAGGAAGUGUACGGCACCGCAAUACGCAGACUAUGCUGCCAGCAUCAUCCAGAAACUCCUGACAGAUGAAAAUCUGGUCCCCACCAAGCAUAGUGAGUGAAGAAACCUUCUUAUCCCUAGUCUAUGAAAAGAGAACUUGAUGUUAAAGGGACACUAUAGGCAUCAAAAAUUAUUUUAAGUUAAUGAUGCAGUAUGAGUGUAUAGAUAUAGUGUGCAGUCAAUUAUCUGCCAUUUAAGAGUUAAAUAACUUUUGUUUCUAUUUCCCUGGCUGUGACUUACACAGCCUGCAUGAAAACAAUGGUGUCAUUUUUAAUCAGAUGUUAACUUGCUUUAGAUGUUUUUUUUAUAUCCUGCUCUGUAAAUUGAACUUUAAAGGGACACUUCAGUCACCAGAAAAAUCUACAGCUUAAUGCCUGUCCCUGCAUUCAGAGAAAAGGCAGUUUUUACAUUACAGCCUAGGGAUACCUCCAGUGGCCACUCCUCAGAUGGCUACUAGAGGUGCUUCCAGGGGCAGUGCUGACUCUCCACUCGCUGCAUGGAGACCCUGAACUUUCCUCAUAGAGAUACGUUGAUUCAAUGCAUCUCUAUGAGGAGAUGCUUAUUGGCCAGGGCAGCGUCUGACUCCACUGGCUGACCUACUUGGCUGAGAUCAUCAGAAUUGACAAUCUCAGCCAAUUCAAUGCUUUCUAUGGGAUGAUGACUUAUGAUGAUGUCAGCCAAGGACGCAGAUCAGGGACAGAACCAGCAGACUGGAAUAAACGUAAAAUUUUACUAUAUUUAGGGUGGCAAUCCUAUAGUGUUCCUUUAAUCACAUGCUGGAGGUUACUGUAGGGUCUAGAAGGCUAUUAACAGAGCAGGAGAUACAUUCUAGGUUAAUUGGACUGUGAAAUAAAUGAACCUAUAUCUGUAGGUUCCUUUUCAGGAAAUGUUUAGGAAGACUGUGGAAGUCACAUGCAGGGAGGCAUGACUAGUGCUGCAUAAGCAAAGUGGUUUAGCUCCUAAAUGGCAGAGAAUUGAGCAGUGAGGCUGCAGGGGCAUGUUCUAUACACCAAAACUGCUCCAUCAAGCUAAAGUUGUUUUGGUGACUAUAGUGUCCCUUUAAUCAACCUCCAACAUGGAGUUUGCAGGGCACCAUGUGAGAUGUAUUUCAAUCACAGCUGAAGCUAGUCUUGUGUUAGACAUUUGCAUGAUUGCUGAAAAUAAAGUAAAAAACAAAUUUUAUGUAUUUCCAUUCCAACAGCUAACAAGGUUGUUUUUUUAAAACUGCUAAAAUUGAUAGAUUUAUAACAUUUGAUCUAUGCAUAAGCUAGCAGCAUUGCUAUUCAAAUGUAUUGAGGCAAUGUCAUGCUCUAUGAAGUGCUACCAAGACAGCUGCACAUUAAAAAUAGCAAUAAAGCAGCAUGGUUUUAGAAAAGACACCAAAGUUAUUUUUCAACUUAAGUGCCACUUUAAUUUAUCUUCAAUAAUUAGGUGUCAUGCAUUUGAUCUCGUGUUUACGUUGCACCUGACUGUUCCCACAUUGACAAUUGUCCAUUUUUUUAAAAAAGAGAAUACUUUGCUUUCUUUUUGACAGGUAAAGAAUUUCCAAAAACAUUUAAGCCAGCCAUACAGAAGACGUUUCGCCUACUUUUUCACCUCCUCGGUCACAUAUACACGUGUCACUUUAAAACCGUGGUAAACCUCGAACUGCACCCGCACUUGAACACCUUGUAUCUGCACCUUUUGCUUUUCUGCGCUGAAUUUCACCUCCUUGAUUCCAAGGAAAUGGCUUUAAGCGAAGAUCUGACCACCGCGCUUAUCCAAUCCAGCCCUUCACCUAAGACUUCAGGCGCUCAGUCUAGAAAUACCUGAGUCAAUGCGGACAACAAACUUUGAAAUGACUUUACUGCCACAGAGAAAAGAAUGCUUUACUUUAUGUAUACAGCAAAAAAAUCAUAUUCAUGCAUUUUUAUAUUCCGUCUCCUUUUGCGCGGAGUCUUACGCACAGAAUACCCUUGUUACAAAGAGCUACGUGAAGAUACAUGGAUCUGGGUGGAUUUCUGAAUUCUAUGCAGUUAUUGGCCAAGCAUGGUCUAUUAUGGAUUAUCUAAGUAAUCAUAUGCAUAACUCAUCUGGAAUGAGUGUAUAAUUAUUUAAAAUCAGAGCAACCACUUAUAGUGAAAAAUAAGUGGUGUACGGCCAGAAGACCUUGCCACUAGUUAAAGGCACAUCUUCUCAAAGGCACAAAUUGGCAGCAUAGCGGUGGCACCCAAACCUCGGGACUAACAUUCUGUUCAAAUGCACAGAUUGCACACCCAAAGUGCCGGCCCUGAUCAGAUUUGUUUAUAUUUUACAAACUCAAAGUUUUGUUUUUUUAUGUUACUUAACUAAAACUUUUUGUUUUUUUUAUUAUUAUUAAUAUAUAUUUUUUUGUAGCUUGUAGCAUAUUAUGGACUUUACACUGGGAAACUAACACAGUUGCUUAAUUAAAAUAUCAGCAAGGAUUUUUUUUAAAUAUUUUUUUCUCAUUGCAUUUUUUAAUUCAAUUAUAUAUCUCUUCAUCUGUAAAAAAAAAAAACGAAUAAUAUUUGAUUACAGCUACCAGUCAUAUGCAUAAGCCUAUAUAUUUUAUUUGGGGAUCUUGUUACUUUUUUUUUUUUUUACAAAACAAAGC